GAAAAGAUCCUAAGUGUUUUGAUUUGCGUGUUCACCGGGUGUGUGGAUGCAUCAAUCUGCGUCUCUUCUCUUCUACCUUUGUUUUCCAUCUGUUUAACUCUCUCUCUUUAUUCCACUCUCUCUCUCUCUAUCUCUCUCUCUCGCUCACUCUCUCUCUCUCUCAAGGUUACUCACUAUUGUUUUCAGCGGCUGGAAUCACUGCACGCUUCUCUUCUUUUCUGUCAGAGGACCAUGUGAGGCUUUUGAAUGUAAGUGCCUCCUUUGUUGUUUAAUUCACUUUCAUUAGAACCGCUCCUUUAGAGGCGAAAGGUUUAGGCUCUUUUCUUUUCUUUUUUUUUUCAUCUUAGCACAUGCACAAUAGAUGUCAUACAUCGGUGGGCUGGAGUGGGCUGUGACGGGGAGGGUUGGGGGUGUUUAAGAGGCUUGAUUGCUCCAUGUGGUUAAAGCGUGGGAGCUGAAUGCACGUGUAUGCUGCUGUCAUUGUCUCGGCGUGGCUUGUGCACAGCUUUGUCUGGGGCUUAAACUUGGUGUGCUACAUGUGGUCUUCAUUGACUUUUGUUUGGCUUUGUUUGUGUGCAUAAUCAUGACUUUUCAAGGUCUUUAAUUUGAGAGGAAGGAACAAGAUGAUUCAUUCAAGUUUUCAAGUUCACUGCUAAGCUGAAAUAAAACGAUGCAGUCUAAGACUGUUUUAACUUAGUAAGUACAUUUAUGGGAUGGCAUGAGAGAGAAAAUAUUGAAUCUUUUAUUUGCAUCUGUUUGUUUCAUUGUAUAAAAUGUUAUCUGUCCUUACCUAACCCUUGGACACUGACGUAACGAUGAAGCUAUAAUACCUUUGUGCAUGUCCAGGUAAAACGUUGAGUGCAGCACAGUGCAUCAAAUAAAACAUCGCCUGUCCUGAUGCUUGCUUUGAAAAUUUGACUUUGCAAAGUCUAUUCGUCUUUGCAGCCAACCAAAAAGUGGCGAAUAAGGUUCUGCUCUUGUAAGUCUUUGAAUUAAACUUUUCUUUUUUACUUAUUGGGAGCUUUAGAUCCUCAAAGAAAGUGUUUUUUGUCCUAAUUUUACCUUUGGGCUCUGAUUCAGUUUGUCAGCAUUAUAUUCCUGCCUGUCUACAACUAUCACGUUUUGUAUGUUCAACUUUAAAGUGGUGAAAAAGUUAAAGGACUUUCCAUUUCAUGGUAUAAAAGAGUUUCUUUGCAUGCAGUGUGUCGGAAAAAGUCCUUCCUAAUGUAAUCCUGUGGUCACUGACUUAAUUUGGCAGCAGUACCUCUGAGCCUGAGUGGAUCAUGUUUUCCUAAAGUCAUCUUAAAAGUGGUGAAUAAGUUUCUGUUUCAUCAUGUAGAGGCAUAAAGAGGUAUAUUGUGCCUCUGUUGAAUUCAGUCUUAGGUAGUUCACUUAAAUGUUGGGAGCUACUUUGUUUGAGAGCAUUGUACCUGCUUAGAACAUUGUACAAGCUACUCAAGAUGAGGACUUUUAGUAUUUUACUGCAUAUCACUUCAACUGAAUCAGUUCUUGGACUUUUUCUUGGACUAAAAAUAAGUUCUCAUUCGAUCUGGAUCAUCCAGAUUUAGCAGCUACAUGUUUAUGUAUCACAAGCUGUCCUUUGGGUUCGGUUCGAGAGGAUGCAUGUCACGUCAUUGUCAGAAAACGACAAAACAAAAAGCCAAAAAAAGCCAAGGGAUAUACUUCUUGCCUAGUGACAUUUCAAAAGUUGAGUAUGUUAAAUAAUCUAAGAGAGAGUCUGAACACAAAGGCAGACCCUUGAUUUUAUUGAAGGGAACAAAAAUGCUUGACCAGAGGGUGUUUUUGUGUGUAUGUGUGUGGAUGUGUGUGCACAGUUCGGAUUUCUAUUCAGUUUGCAAACUGAAGAUCCUUCAGCAGAGCUCUUAUCUGAUUUAUUCAGCACAUAAAGUACAAAAUCAUCCACUUAAAGUAUUAAAAAAUGUCGUUCCAUUGUAACUUCAGAUGAUAACUGGUCUGAAGUUGACCAAGUUUGUCGGAUUUUAGCAUUUAAAAGCCUCUCAUGCUUCACUGCAACGCAUCUGAAGUGAAUAACAACUGACAUGGCCGAUGAAUAAUACAACUAGUGUAUACAUGCUCUUAUCAAUUAUGGACAACUCCACCAAGCUGCAAGCUGACCAUAAGGGUCUGUGACAAACAUGCGUUUCUACCUGCGCUACCCAGCGAAGUUGAUUCGGGACAGUCCUGUUUGAAUGUCAUGGUUGACUUUCGCAAUGUUUUCUGCAGAUUGUUUGGCGCCUCAAAAGGUCAGCACACAAACCCACAGCUCUAAAUAUUGGAUAAAGACGGAAAAAUGCAUCUGCAGGGAUAUCUCUCAGGCGGAUUGUGCAACAUACAUCUGCUACUCACUUCUGCAAGAUAAAUGAAACAUCUGGAGAAAACUAAAAGGAUGUAUUUUUUGCAAUGCCGUUCCCUCGUGAGAAAUCUUGUUCUUGAAAGCAAUCUCUUUUUGAGCAUCAUGCUUGUGGGCAGCUGGAAGAGUGUCCUGAAAGAUUCCCCUAAGUUUGACUUCUUGAGGAAUUGUGUUACUUUAUUCAUCACGCUUGAGGCACUUUAAAUGAUGCUUUUCGUCCGUGGAAGAGGUUUCCAGGAGUCCUGGUAGUGCAUUGACCUUUUACUUUAAAAGCGGUGAAAUGUUUUAUGAUUCACUCCCACACCAACCAACAAAAAACAUUUAACGCUGCCUUGGUCAACGAGGCACGAGCAGUUCAUAUCACCUUCCUUUCCCAUUAGGGAUUCCACAUGCUAUAUUCUUAUCAGUGCAGACACAUGGAGAGGGAGGUGUUAGAGACGGCAGCAGGAUGUGACAGUUGCAAACCUGGAGCUACUGGCGGAGAGCUAAAAUGAAGUGAAACAUUGUGUGGAGGAAGGUAGGUGUGCGUGACACUAACCUGGAGCAUGAGGUUCUGGUUACGAGUAAGGUUUUGUGGAUAAACAGGAUGGGUGGAUAUUGAGUUAGAAGUACAGGGGUUGUGUUCUUUAAAGGCCAGCAUACUUGACCAUCCAGUUGGAGCUAUUGGUUUACUGACGAAUUUGGAUUUGAGUGAAAGAAACCUCUCAGUUGAGUUUGUUCAAAUAUGAAGAGGAGUCAAAGAUCUGGACUUUUAGGACCCCAAAUGAUCAACUUAUUUCACCAAUUAAUAUGAAGUCUGGUCUGGUCUUGCUGGAGGAUUCUGCCUAUUUACGAAAGGUUUUCUUGUUGAGAGAUGGCUCUCGUUGGAAUCGUGGUAUCUAAAGGCCCUAUUAUGUUGAAGUAGAUAACUCUGGUAUUGGUUUUAGUUAUCAAUGGUUGAUUUAAGUGCUAGCCAAAUUUGAAGGUGAUUGGAUUUCCCUAAGAUGUUCCAAUAUGAUAGGAUGACCAUAUUCUGACUUCCAAAAAGAGGACACGACUAGGCGGGGGCAGAGUCAUGGAGUCGCAUGAAGUAAAUUUUGAGAGUUUUCGGGUCGAAUCAAGUGUCUUUUAUGCGCUUCUAACUCAGUAAGUCCACGUGACACAAAAUCGAGACUUGGGUACAAAACUGCAGACAUUUGAAGGAUUUUAUGAACUUCCCCAGACAGAGCCGGACAGCCCGGAAAUCCAGAGGACACGUCCGGGUAAAAGAGGACGUAUGGUCACCCUAAAAUAUGACCCUCUUAAAAUGCUAAAUGAGGCAAAAAUCUGUCAUUCAAACUUUUUGCUGGGUUUGGGCAUGAGUGCUAAAUAUGCCUGCCAAAUUUUUAUCCUUUAUAUGUCAAUCCUUUCAUGAGUCUUUUUUCAAAGGUGUUGCAUGCUAUCGCUAAAAUAUCAAAUAUCUCUCAAGGCUUGGUGCAUGCUUGGAGUUUGGUGAGUUUUAGGGCAUGAUAAAGGCCCCUAAUGAGCUAUGUUGGGCAUAUCAGAGUAGGCUGUAGACCUGUUCAUAAAAAAAAGUGUGAAAGCGAACUUUGUGAAGUGAUGAUUGGUUUCCUUUGACCACUUUCCAAUUAAAUCCUAGCACCUAUUGCUGUGACACAGUUCAAAAUUAUUCAAGUUACUUUUUGAGUCCUUCACCUGUAAUUCUUCAAAGCUCUGUUUCCUUUCUGUCCUAGAUAUUUCUGUCACUUUAUAGAUUCAUUCCCUUUGUGCUUACGACAAGCGGCAGUUGGUGGUUUGAAUGGUAGGACAUCAAAAAUGCCCCCUUUUGAAGUACUAACUAUUUGCAGUUUGCUCAGAUUACUCUCAGUUUUUAACACCCUCUCUGCCAUAUUUGGAGCCCAGCAGGGUUUCAAGCUAGGGGGCCUUGGCACCAGUGACUGCCAAUGUGUCCAAUCUUUUUCAUGCCCAGCCAACUCCCCCACAUUCCUGCUACAAAAUCCUAUCUCUCUGCUGAGGACUCGAGGGCUUGGCAUUCAAAUCCUGGCUCCCCAAGAGCCAAAUUCUGGCGUCUUUCCACCUCCUUGUCUUACACUGCGGCUCAAGAAAAUGAGUUUGAAAAGAGAGAAAGGAAAAGUGGGAAAGUUUGGAAAGGAGUGCGGGUAGUUUAAAUGCAAGUCGAGGCAUUUUAUUUGCGUUGACCCCCUUUUAUCCACCCUGGGGCGAUUGGGCCGUAUGAAUGGGCUGGUUUGUUCUACGGGUGACCAAACAUGGCACUUGAAUGUUUAUCUGCACAAUGACAAAGCUUGCGGGAGCCAAAGACACUUCGUGAUGAGAUGGACCGUGAACUAGUCAAGUGGCCUGUUCUGUCUCUAAACACAGAGCUUUGGCUCCAUUGCUGCUUUGGCUGUAUUGGCAUUCCAGUGCCUCUCAAUAAUCCACGCACUUGUGCCAACCACUAUUGGAAAAUGGGCUGGGAACCGACGAAUCAUCAACAAAAACUCACAUUCAAAUACAAUAUAGAAACUGAUAUUCAUAAGCACAACUAAAACGAUUACAAUACUAUAAAAACAAAGACUAAAUCAUCCUUUUUAGAGAGUCUUGGCGCCUAGGUGUGUGAAGCUGUACCAGUAGUCCAACACACGACUCAGCCACUGCUAGGCUUUACAACCCAUUUGUAGAGAACAGCAAGCUCUGUAGUUCAUGAAAUAGUAAACAGAAAUGCAUAGAUUAAGUAACAUAUUCCCCCUUUGGGUGCCAUCAAGACCAGCUGAAAGUAAGGCUGAUUAGCUGAGACGUAAACUUUAACAGGGCACAGCAUAAAGGUUAAAGAAAGCUCCGAAGAACAAGGCGUCAUGAUUAAUUAGUGUUCCUGAGUGUUAUGCUAUAGCAGAUUAGCUCUACACCUCAAGAUCUACAUGGAGUACAUCCUGGCUGGUGAUUGCUGGUAACUGGUAGUAUAUAAUUUCACAGAAAAAUGGCAAUUUUGGACAGCCCCUACUAGGGCUGGGUGAUCAACCAAAAAAUUUACAGAUACUACCAAAAUUUAUGACAAUAACUGAUGUCAUUUUACCCAUCUCACUUUAUUCAGUGUUAAAUAAAUAAAUAAAUAAAAGUUGGUUUUGGUUGUGUGGAGGUAGGCUAUGGUUUCAUUUUCCCUUAAGACGCUGUCCUACAUCUGAGACUUGACUCCACCCCAUCCAGUCUGUAACAAAGAGGGAAAGACAGUUGAGGAGAUGGAGGACGAUUCAAAAGUUGGAGCGGCUGGAGCGGCUGCUUAAGUAAACAAAGUUAAUGUGGGAGGGGGGUGAGCAGCUUGUGGAGCAGUUAUCGUGCAUUUAUUAUUAUGGAGGUGAACUGCUCCAUAUAUCGUGAUAUUAAUUUGUAGCCAUAUCGCCCAGCCCUAUUCCUCUUUAAUUGGUGCAUCCGGUGAUCCAACUUGUCAGUCCCAUUCAAAAAGUGCGAGCAGGGCUUUUAAAAGCUCUAACAUCCAUAUCCAACCAAUCGAUAUCCUCUGGUCUAUGACCUCCUUUACACACUAGCUGUGUCCCAAUUUAGAGGCAGCUUCUCUGAACUCAUGUAAAGACCCGGCCUCUGUAGGCUACAAUGACAGCUAACGCCAAAGUGAAACAAGUUAAUUAUGCUGCUCCCAUACAUGUCCUUACAUCCCCUUGUUCCGCCCAGUAUGAUCCUUUUUAAGAUGUUAAUAAUGAAUAAAUGAAUGACUGGUCAGUUUUUUUUUUAGAGUCUCUCCUAAAAUUAAGAUAUUUGUUCCCCUGAUUGCUGGAGUCAACUAAAACCAGUUUUUGCCAUUAAAAAAGACCACCUAAAUACAAAGACAUAGUAGCUGACACCAUUUGUUAUCCAGAUCACAAAAUCUUCUUGUCUGUACAGCUUUGUAUGCCAUUGAUUAAUGCUGCAGACUGGCAUGCAUUCUGCUGCCUGUAUCAAUCGGCUUUUUGAUUAGCUGAAGCUCCAAGUCAAUGUCUGGCCUACAAGCAGAGGUGGAUCGAAGUGUCCUCAUUACGGUAUCAUAAAGAGGGGGAGCGGUGUUUGAGAGAUAUGUGGGUCCUUUUGGCAAGAUAGUAAAACUCUGGGUCUCCUGACAUGGUCUGACCACACAAGUUUUUCACCCAUAUCUGCCAGAGUGACCCCAAAAUAGUACCACUUAGUCAGCAUAUGCGUCAUAACCAGAGUUCCCAAUAGAGCAAAAACACUAAAAAGAUUAUAUCGUCCCAACAAAAAUCCAGUACGUAGGCUUGUGAAAUCCAAAGUGUAUGAGACAGGAUUUAUUAGUGGUUAUAUAAAAGAAUUGGGUUUGCGUGCUGACGGAACAGAACACAGCGGAUGUUUACUGGAGAUUUGAUCCAUUUCGGUCCACAUUAGUCUCCUGGCUUGACCACAGAAAGAAUGUGUCUGCCCAACAGGAUCAGAGUCACUUAAAUAAAAAAAGAAAAAGACACUCUGUUGUGGAAAACUGUCCUCGAUUCAUCGCUUGAGUGGAGAGCUCGAUAUUUUGAGGGGAAACCCAACUAUUUAACGCUCCAUCAGAACUCUAAAGGCCUCGCAUGGACUGAAUCCGCCUGUAUACAUGCUUAGUUGUUUUAAAGUGACAGCUUUAGUCGAUGAAGAGCAGUGUUCUCCCCAAGGAUCCCUGACAAGGUGACUCAGCACCAUAAAGUGCCUUUUUAUAGCUUUUCCCUGCAGGUAUGAUGUUCCAGUGUUGGGACAAUGUCAAAGAAAACGCUUACCCUCUCUGAAAAAGCAACCAUGCUGUUUUCUUCAUAUGAGGGCGGUGAGAUCAGUGAGAUAUUUCCGAUUAAUGAGAAAUUUUGCUGUGAGGUUAAAAAAGUUGUGCUUAAAAGUAAUAAGUUAUAUAAAAAACUUUUCUUUUUUUGGAAGUGGAAAGCAGGUUUAGGGUCAAAACUUUGGAGUUAAACUGAAAGAAAAGACAUUUUGCAUUAUAAAUGCCUGCUAAAAAGAUGGGCACUUUAACAUGGGUGUUAAUGGGACUCUCUUUUCGUUUUGAACCACCCUCAAGUGGACGCUGGAGGAAUUGCAGUUCAUUUUUGAGUUUGCUGCAGGGCUUUAAAAAGCUAAAUGUGACACUGACCCAGUGAUAGAGGGACCACUAACUAUAAUCAAUCGUUCCUUGAUGAUCUGGUUUGCUUUUGUAGGUCAUACGGAGGCAUCUAUAUCAACUCUGCACAGUUUCAACGCAAAGGUACUUAGUUAUUCCUUGAUUCCCAAUGCAUGUUGUAUUUCUAAGACUAAAAUCAAGUUUUUUGAAAGCAGAAAGUGAGGAACUCUUUAUCUGUGCAUUGAAAAGCUAUGGUGUCCACCACAGGAUCCACACUUGUUCUAACAAGCUGGUCAAUUUGUAGUUUAAGCAGUGUUGACCCCCCGCUGUGCGCCCGGGUUGAUUGAUCCAUUCAGUCCUUACGAGAAGCUCCAUCCUAAAGCAGAUUUGUGAAGCACAGGGGGGUGAUGCUCUUUCCAAGGAAGGGUCAAAGACUUGAAGAGAAAUGGAUGGACUCCUUUGUGCAAACAGAUAACACACGCUGAGAUGUACAAAGACGUGCAUGCCAAGAGUGAGUAAUGCAAGAUCACUAAUGGUCUUAUGGAUUGCUGUGUUUAUUAUUGAGAGCAGAAACAAAACGCACUCACAAUCACGUACACACAGACAGUCUGCGAUGCCUCCGUGUCUAAACUUUGCAGAAGUGAUGUGGAGUUUUAUUGAUCGAACCUUUGAGGGCUGUGUGCGAGCGUGUGAGUGUGUUUGCGGGGCUCGCGGGCUGGCAGUGCUGGUGUUAGAAGAAUAAAGACGAGGUGUCGGCUCCGCCUGAGGGGACAGCUCCGGCUCGAUAGAAAAAUAAGACACGUAGAGAAGGCGAGGAGCCAUGUUGGAAGCAAAUGUCAUUGGCUUUAAGGAGCUUUGUCCCCUGGCAUGCGGCUCAUCGGGCCAAAGAAAGUACCCGAGUGCGUGUCUGACUGUCUGAAUUAGAAGUGACCUAUACUUUUUAAAGUGCCUCCUGAACCUCGUCUGUGUUUCUUUUCUUUCUGCAAGAAAACUUAUUAAAGUUUCAGUUUGUUUUCAGGCAGUAAUACAACACAGCUCACAACUUUUCUCGCUUCUUCUCUGAUAAGUUCGAAUCAGGCUCAGAGGAAUAAAACCUUGUGCUUAAAUCGAGAUUUUCUGAGCUUAAAUAAGAUCUCCCUCAGCCUCCCACAAACUAAACAUUUCAGUUUUUAUCAUUUCACUGCGUGUAGGAAUUGUCCACCAUCUGUGUGUUUUAAUUAAAGGCUAUAUAAGAAGCGAACUGGGAUGUCACCUGGCUUAAUUUUGGCGCUUUUACCAUUGCCGUCUUGAUUUUUUGAAGCAACGAUGAGUCAUUGACGGAUUAUCUUGGAAGGAACCCGCCAAUUAGAAGAAGCCAUGAACAUGUCCAUAAAAGUGCUAAAACUGCUCAAAAUAAUGAAUGUCGCUGGGAAACAUUAAGUGUCUGCAUUAAUUAAUCUAUAGCCUAUAUUUCGACUUUCUUCCUUUAACCAAAUCAAAUCAUUUACCUUGAUUAUCUUGGGCUAUACUCUCCGCUUCGUACAUCGGCGGACUGCAAACAUGGAUGAAAGCUCUUUGGGGAUUUGAACGGGGUGUUAGGGACUGCUUGAACAAGAACUAUAGCGACAACUUAUAAAGUUGCAAAUUAAAUGGCAUAACACCCACCAAAGACAGAAGAUUUAACAUGUAUAAUUUGAUGAUUAUAGCUCUGUGUGUUUGAGGCGCCAACGACCAUGUUUCAACCACGGCGGCGAUGCAGAGGCAAUUGAACUGUGUGACCCCACAACUUAAAGGAAGUUGCCCCGCUGCAGUAAAAGCUUUAAAUGUUGGUUACACCAAAGUACACCCAGAUUUAUUCAUGAUUAUUUAUUUAUUAAUCACCAGGCUUACUUUAGCCAGACUUUAAAGCGGCAAUCGAGAACAACGUUUUAUCAAUAAGUAUUAAGAUUUAUUUGGAAAUGUGAAUGUAGAGUCAUUUUCUUGAAAAUGACCCCUGCUAGCAAGAAAAUAAAAUGAAUCUGCAACAUGUUACAGGCUUCGAUAACCAUGUGUAUAAUAUUUUAGUAUUUGUGCGUCACUUUUUCUUUUUGAAUUUUAACCACUGUACUAGAGUAGGGUGACUAUAUUUUGACUUACCAAAAAGAGGACACGACUACGUGGGUACGGAGACACAGAGUCGCACUCAGUUAAUUUUGAGAGUUUUUGGGGUCGGAUCGGGUGUCUUUACGCGCUUCUUUCUAAGUAAGUUUAUGCAACACAAACUCGAAACUCCUGUAUAAAACCGCAGACAUUUGAAGAAUUUUAUAAACUUCCCUGGACAAAAUAAUAAUAAUGCAUCAGAUUUUUAUAGCGUUUUUUGUCAGUGACCUCAAAGCGCUUUACAUUGGAUACACCAUUCAUUCACUCACACAGUCAUACCUUGGUGGUGGUAAACUACCUUUGUAGUCACAGCUGCCCUGGGGCAGACUGAUGGAAACGUGGCUGCCAGUUUGCGCCUACGGCCUCUCCGACCACCAUCACACAACACUCACAUUCAUACACCAGUGGAGGACACACACACUGGGAGCAAGGUGGGUUAAACGUCUUGCCCAAGGACACAACGGACAGACUAGGGACAGGAAGGGGCUCGAACCGCCAACCUUCCAGUUAUUGGCGAACCACUCUACCUCCUGAGCUACUGCCCGGACAGCCCCCGAAAAAGAGGACAUGUCCGGGUCAAAGAGGAUGUAUGGUCACCCUACACUAGAGCAGUGCAUCAACAGCUCAUAUUCAUACAGUUAUUGCACAUCACAUAUACUGUAUUUCUUACAUCAUCAGGCCUAGUCCUUUCCUUUGGAUGGAUGCCACCUUUACCCUCCUUCUCCAGCUAUGUUCACAAACGUGAAUUACUGACUGGAUCAAGCCACUAAGAGACCAGUCUUAGAUGUUGAUUUGUGGUGGUUUAGACAAGCUGGACAGCAGAUUAUGUCUUCAAGAAGCCAAAUCCCACUAAAAACUGGAGAUCAAGGAUUAGUAAAAUAACACCUGAGCCCCAUAAGACUGGAUUAAUAAUUCACCCCAUUAAUGAUCCAGCUGAGACCAUCAUUUAUUCCAUUUAUAAUUCAUUGCUGUCUUAAGCAGUCGUCACAGUGUAUGAAACCCCCUCUUGAGCUUCAUACAUUAUGUAUGUUGUUUGAUUAAUGCUCUGGCUUUCCAUUCCACUCGCUGACUUUAUACUUCAUACGCGCGGCUUAAGCUAGCAUCCAUUUCUUUUUAUGUGCAUUGACAACGCAUAUAACUUUUCUUUCAGUGUGAGCAAAGUGAGUUGUUUCUUCUGCCUACUCCUUGCAUUAGUGUGUGUGAGUGUGUCAGGCCCAUAAAUCAGAGUAUUUUCUAACUGCCAGAAGGACUAUAGUACAUUAGCUAUUGCAAUACAUUAACCACGCACGCACACACACACACACACACACACACAUCCAAAAGCAGAGCUGCACUCCACUGCGGGGAUGAGGGCUGGGGAGGUCGGGGAGCCUGACUCUCACUUAUAACUUAUUCAUGCUUCACGCCUCGGCUCGGCACACCUGGGAGAGAGUCAAUUUUUUUCACAGCGGGGAGAUUCAUCUGAAGCCACAGUAUGUGACUUUUAAAUAACAAGCGGCUCCUCAAACUUUGUCACUUACUAUUUUCUAUUACUUCCUUCGGGUAUCUGAGUGACAAAGUUGCACUUUAGUUUGUUCCCAAGCUGUGUCGUGGUGUUAUUAAUACGUUGGAAUUGGUGGCCCAGCUGGAGCAGUUUCAGGCUCGGCUGAUUGAAUCAUCGGCAUUGGACGGGAGGAGAUUCAACUUUAAAGGUCACAAGUGUGGGAUAUUAGAUAUUUCUUCCAGUCUGUAAGGAACAGGCACUUUUUUUAGUACUGCUUCUUAAUCAAUAUAACCUGACUAUAAUCAUACUCAAGGCAGGAAUGAGCUAUAUAAAUGGAUCGAAUAGAUUAUCAAUCAAUCAAUAAAGGGCAUUUUUGUGUUAUUCAUUAUUCUGGAUACUUCAGUUUCUGGGAAAAACAAGCAGUGGUGGUAAGAUGUGAAAUUGAGCAUAGAGAAGAAAGUAAUGGGCAGAAUGGCGUCUCCACUGUGGAUGUUUUUCGCUGUUUCUGAAGAGAAUAAAAAGAGAUGGGAACCAAAACCAAGUUUCAAGUACCGUCAGUAAUCAUUUCCCUUUAAUGCUUAUGGUCCCCUUAAUGGUGCCGUCCAGUAAGUUCCACAAUAAGUGACAUAUGACAAGAGGCAGCCAACGCCAAUCAAGGAGUCAAUUCAUGAUGGAGAGAAAAAAGGAGCGGUUCAAAAAAAGUAAAAUAUCAUUGCAUUUACAAAUUCACCUUUUUUAAUUUAAUAAUACAACAUUCUGAUUCAUUCUAAAAUCUACUCACUUUGUGAGACUGGCAGCUUUUUAGCAAUAAACGCAGUGUAUCUCAGAAAAGUUCUGUGAUUUUUAGAGACCGUCUGAAUCACAUCACUUAAAAACAAAAGCAGUUUUUGUUGAGUUAUGUACUGAUAUGAGCAAAGUUUCUGAUAUUAGUCGGAACUGAUUCCAGCUAGUUCAGUCGUCAACAUCAUUUGCCUUUAAGCUGAACAGUUUCCUCAUUGAAACCUCUAAUGUAGUUGUGUGUAUACCUUGCAAAACAAUGAUGUCAUGCAUUGCAAAAGGGAGUCAGUGCAAUCGCCAACAAAGAAAGAAAUUAUGACGGACGAAAGGUCGUGAAAAGCAUGGUAGGAGGUAUGCUAAUGCUCUAAUUGAAUAGCAACCCUUUGGAUUUAAUUAUAGUUAUAGUUGAAAAGCUAAUAUGACUAUUCUUUGCUGCAGAAUGAAAACAUAAUGACCCUCCUUUCAGCGUAAACGACACUUGCUUUUACCCUAAAGGCAAAGAGACCUCUUCUCAUCACACCCUCAUUUCACUCAGUGCGAGACAGCACCUAUAUCGCACUUACCUCAGUGUGAGAGUUUAAUGCAUAAUGGAGAUGCAUAGAGUAGCGCAUUAGUUAAAAGACAAAGCCAACUGUGUGUGACAGCGACUGCCCAAGAGCAGGUUGUUGCUCUGAAGAAGUGAAGCGUGAUACUCGGUGACUUUAAAUAUGCAGCGAAUUUGCACUGUUGUCGCGCUAUACCUUCAAGACACAAGCCUUCAUACUCGCUAAUACGCUAUGGCACGUAUCGGUCAAGUAAUGAUCCCGUCCCUUUUGUACAUUUGAACAUUUGCUCUGAUUAGAAAGUCUAAUUUUACGAGUCAUUAGGAUGGACCCGUUUGGCGCUCCGGAUCUAGACGGACAUUUUUGCGCUUUGUUGACCUGGAUUGCAGGGGUUAUGUAUUUUAUAGGUUGAAGACUGGCACACCAAACAACAUAGAACAGCUGUCAGUUACCAAUGAUAUUUUUUCUCUUUUGUACAAGCUGAAAAUGAACUGAAAGCUGAAUCAACAGCAAAGAUUAAAAACCCAGAUUUCUACAUUAGGGAGUCAGGGGAUUUUGUUUUCCACAAAGAUCAACUUUCAGCGCAACCUCAGAGGCAAAGAUUUUUUUUUAACAGCUGCUUAAUUAAAGCGGAUUUGAGUUCAUUUUAAAAGCAUUUUUCUCUGAAAAGUUGAAUUUAUUACCCUUCAAUCUCUUCACCGCCUACUUGAGAAUAAAUUGUGGCUGUUUUGACACUCAUAAUUGUUUUCCAGUCGACUUUUAUGCUAAUGCAGGGCCCUAAAUUUCCCGGAUAGGUCUUACUCCGGGAUUGUGUGCUGUUGUCAUGGCGAGCCAGCUGGUGUUGGUUCGGGGCGAGGGCUAGCAGCGAGGACGUGACUCUUUUAGUGACAGUUUGAGGACACAUUGGGCCCGCUGACAGCUAAUGAUGAUGCUUCCUGACACCCGUAUGUAUGCAUGAGUCCAUCUGUGUGUAUGUGCUUACAUUAUAAGAGUGUGUGUGUGUGUGUCCUUGUGUAGAUGUGCUUUUGGGCAUUUCUGUGUAUGAGAGGAAAUUUGCAUUAGCCUGGAUGAUACUGUGUUUAAUUUCUCUGCUGUGACAGGAAAUAACCUUCAGCUUUUGGGCGUUUUUUUGCGAGUGUGUUUGAGCAUGCAUAAUGCACAACAUCGCUAGAGGAACUUUGUGUGAAAUCCAACAAGAAAUACACUCCCCUUUCCUGUCCUGUGUGAUGUUUUUGUUGCAGCCACUUUGACGUCAUUGUUAAAGAAGGGCAGAGAUAAUCACACUCACUGUUGAUUCAUAGUUUAUUCUCGCCACUCUGACCCCGGCUGCCUCUUAUUCCUCGUACGAGCCGAAGUGAAUCAAGAGAUUUCUGACCCCGCGCGUACUCUGACUCACGGUAAAGCUUGAACUCAUGUGCGCACCGUUUCUUUUUCAGGAAAAAGUCUCGUGGUCUGCACGCUCUGCAAGCACCUGAGGAGAUAUUUGUGGAGGUUAACUGUCGGUUCAUGUUCACAGAGAGAAAUGAUUUCACACACACACAGGACUCCUCUUUUUCCAUGUCCGUACAUUCACCUUGUAAACUCAUAUUAUGAGUAAUGUUUUCAGCGCUUGCAGCUAUUUUCAGAGCAGAUUUAAAGGGACAAUUCACAGAAAUAUUUGUAUUAGUUUUUGGCAUAGCUAGAGGACUGAUUCUGUUGAAAACCAAAGUGCUAAAUCACUUGAAUAAAACGCCAACAGACCCUUUCAUCUGCAUACAAAUACACAGCUCCUAAAAGCAGACUGUUAUACUGUCGCUAUGAUGUUUGAUUUUAGAGUAUUUCACUUUUUCGAGAAUCGUUUUGGCCCAAUAAUCUCAUCCACAGGUAUGACUUAUUCCGCUACUUACAGUCAAACAAACAGUUUUGGAGAUACAUUAGCAUCUGUACUCUAUGUUAUGUUACACUGACCUUUUGUAAGUUCAUUUCUAACAUAAUUAGCUUUUAAAUGUCAGUUUGGAUGAUACAUUUAAAGACCCACUUCGGUGAAGAUCAUGUUUGUCUUGUUUACAUGUUCAUAUGGCAUUUUUUCUGAUGCUACAGGACAUAUCAUGAGAAAAGCAUUUCAAAUCGCCGUCAAUCUCUGGCAGACCCAAGAGGCAAGGUCGGAAACAGUGAGAUUUCCUACAUCACAACUGCAAGCUCCGCCCCCGGAGAAACAAGCGUGUGCAUUAGCAAAUUGCAAUACUCGUAAGAAAGUUAAUUAUGAUACUAACUUUCAGAUUCAGAUUCGGAUUUAUUGUGGAGUUGAUUUUCAGAUUUCAGAUUGGAUUGUUCUUUACAAAUAUACAAAUACAUUCUUCUUCUCCAAGGUGUAGGCUGAAGCCCAUGGCUUAUUUUGCCUACCCUUAUCACUCAAUUUUGCUUCUUUAAGCUAUAGAAGAUGUGCAAGGAUACUCUGGAAAGAAAAACAAGGAAACAGCAAGAAAAAAAAACAAACAAAAAAAACAAUCAGCAACGAAGAUCUACACCUGUAAAUAAUGAUAGUUUAUAGUAUCUCUAUACUUUUUAAUCGCCUUAUUUUUAAACACUUUUUUGAAUCCAUAUAAUGUACUGCACAUCCUUAAGUCCUUAUCACAGCAUUGCCACAAACUUUCCCGUUAAACGGUUAUACAAUGUUUUUUGGUAUUGGUUCUAGUCCAAUUUGGUUUGAACAUACCUUUGUUUCUAAGAUCAUUUUUGUUUUCUUUGGUUUCAAAUAGCCUCUGAAGACAGGAUGGAAGGAGAUUGUUGUGGGCUUUGUACAGGACAAGUAAAGUUUGAAGAUUAACUAUGUCCCAGAAUUUCAGCACAUAUAAUUUAUAAAUAAGGUGUUGGUAGGCUCACAGUACAGAACUUACAUGUCCCUAAAGACAUUAGUGCCUGAGAGCUGAAUAGCUCCUAUGUUACCUGCCUCUUUUACUACACCAGCAAUGUUAGGCUACAAGUUAGUUUUCAGACAAGUGUUUAGAGCAGCGUUGUUUCUGAACACGACUCAGAGACGAAUUGCUAAUGAUCUACUGGAGCUCUGCAGAAGAAAAGCUCUUGAAAAUGAUACAGGUAAUGUGAUUUUUGGUAAAAACUUCAUAAUCACAGUUUAAAGACCAUUGAGGACACUUUAAGAAGUAACAAAAAUGAUCAGAGUGAGACUUUAAAGGUUGAAGCUUGUUGUCUUUCUGAGUUGAGAUAUCAUAGAGGGAGCUGUUUCACUGUGGUUUUCACCUCCACACCAUUUCAAAACGACCCAAACAGAGAAAAGAAGAACAACUCAAUUUAUUGUUUAUCACCUCGUCUUCUUUAUCUGCUGCCCUCCCAACCCCUCUCCCUUUAUCUCACUUAAUCUGUCUACUCCCUCUCCCUCCUCUGCCUCCUUUCUCUCUUAAAAAAAUCUGUUUUCAGGGUUUUUUAUGGAUCACUUUCUCUCCGAUAAGAUCGUGUUUUUCUCGGAGACAGGUAGCCCACAGCUUCCACAACAGAGUCGACUCUCACACACUAAAUUGCUCUGAAAUACAACAACUUUUUGAACAACUUCUAUCCCACUUUUCUUCCCCUUUUGACCCCAGACUGUGCUUCAAAGCAGCUGCUGCGUCUGUGCUCGGCUGGUACCAGCUGUACAUCUUCCCCUCGCUGAUUGAAACCAGCGCUUUACCGCCCGCAUGAGUUCUCGCUUAGAAGGCCAGGGGUCGCUUUGAGGGGAAAUGUGUUUGGCAUUUUCUGGACGGCCCGUAGCUGUGACUACCGAGUACUUUAAAAAGGUCACAAACAUCUUUUUUUCUUCGGUGCCAGGAGUGAGACGUGGUCACACUCUGGAGCAAAAUGUAUGCAAGAGAAACAAGUCUGCAGGAUCUCCCAUCUUCCCAUGAGUCAUGCAAUAUGAAUGUAUGUGUAAUGUUCAGUCCGAGAUAGAGAUCAGUGACUGAGGGGGUUUUUAAGAUGCCGUAUAUCUCAGUCGUAAAGAUGCCUAAGAGUGCAUAUAUGCUGAUGGAAGGGCUGCUUAAAUGUAAAUGUGUAAAAUAUGAGUGUCCAGAUCAAAGACUCCCAGCCUGAAAUGAUGCAAAGCCUAAAAUACACGUCCAUUUGCAUUCACUCCACAAGCACUGAUUGAAAACAGUGUUGUGGUCAGAUUUGUCCGUGCGUUGGGUGUAAAUCCUACAAAUCCCAGACUACCCACUGCGUCUGUGCCCUCUGAAAGGCCUCGGUCACGACCCUGCAGUGCUUUAUCCCCGUAAUGGUCUCAACCAGAGAUGGGAGACGAACUCAGGCGCAUUCCGCUCAUUCCUCGGUCGUUAAAAAUAAGACCUCUCUAAACUCAGAAGAGGACCAACUUCACGAAUUCAGAGAGUUUGAGGUUUAGACGGGGCUGUUUUUGCAGCAUUUCACAAAGACGUGUAGCCACUGAGAUGAAAAAGAGGCUUCAAGAUGUUUAUUUUACUUUCUAUGGCUGAGCUUUUACAACCUCAACUCCAAGAAAAGUCGGGAUGCCGUAUUAAAUAUUCGAUUUCGAUGGGCUGUAAAGCAUUCAAACCAUAUAUCCGAUUUAGUAUAGAGCAAAAACAACCUAUAAAACGCUGAAAUGGGGGGAAAAAAGCACUCCAGAAAGGCUGAAACGAUCCAUCACUUUGAGAGACUGUGAGAACAAUUUAAGGAUAGCAUCAAUCACUGUUCAAAAGGAACGAGGCUGAUAACAAAUACUUAUGAGUCCAUCAUCUUCAGCAUUAAAAACACAUGACUCUUAAGUGAAGAUCAUUGCUGGGGCUCAAAAUAAUAAUAAUUACAGGAAGAAGAUUGAAGUUGAAAUUUGGAGAUUAAAGUUAAAAUUUUGAGAUUAAAAAAUAGAAAUUAUGUAAAUAAAGUUGAAGUUUCAAGCUUAAAAUCUAAAUUUCGUGAGCAAAGUCAAUAUUUCAGAUUCAAAAUGUCGAAAUGUUGUGAAUAAUGUAGAAAUUUCAAGAUUUAAAAAAUUAAAAUAUUGAGAUUUAAGUCAAAAUUUCUAAAUUAAAAUUGACAUUAAGUCAAAAUUUCAAUUUUUAAAAAUUUCUACUUCAAUUCUGAAAUUUUGACUUUAACCUCGAAAUUAAAUCUAGAAAUUAAAAAAAAUCUCCCUGCUGUAUUUAUUUAUUUUUUCUCUUCUUGUGACCCUAAUCCUCUUUGGUACAAAAUGACUUUCUGAAUUGGCUUCCUGGGGGAAAAAAAAAAAAAGUAAAGUAUUUACGGAAGAAAAAAAUCUUUGUUUAUAAGAAAAUUUCAAAAUUUAAUUUAAAGUUGACAUUCAUUUUGGAAAUCUUGGAUGCUGACUGGAACCGGAACCGCAGCAUCCAUAAAUGCUGAGCAAAAACAGGUUUUGAGUGAACAAGUGUUGCCAUUCAUUGGGGAUAUAAAAAGUUAUUGAGUAUAUGUGAGAAAACUGAUGAGCAAGUUUUUCUAAAAUGUGCCACAAAUGGAUAAAAACCCUUAACGCAAUGCCUUGGAGUGAACCGAGAAUUAAUUCAACACCCCAUCUAGCUCUUCAUUAUAUCUGAGUCUGCUUUUAUGCUUGAGAGAGCAGUAAAAUGAGAACUGAGACUUUUUUCUUAGAUGUGCUAAAUCAUUAGAAAAUCUACCAUAGACAGAAAAAGUUUUAAAUGUUUUAACAGUUUAGUUCAGGAGUAUAACUGCUGUUUCUAUCAUUUCUUUGUUGCACUCAUGUAGAUUUCUGUUUCAGGGUGUCGCCAGAAAGAUCCUAAGUAUCCAAUGUACCAGGCGGAUUGAGUCAUUAUAAUUCUGAACUCAAUACCCUCUCUCUCGCUUUCUCUAUUUCGCACAAUGUCAUUAGAAGCACGACCGAAAAUCACCAGAGGCUAGACGGGAACAUAUAGUUCAAGGUGAAAGGCAGCCUCUCGACUUUGCGGUAACGAGGUAGAGGACGAUCGACAAAGCCUUCAGCUGCUGCGUCUGCCGACACGCUGAAUGAAGAGGCCUCGCGUGUCUGUGUGCUUUCAUUCUGAAGAGUGCAGUUGGAUAACCUCCAAGGGUGAAAAUAACUGAAGACCUGCUCGUACAAUGACUGUACAGAAUCUCCCUCUGCAUUAUGGCAUUAGAGGGGUAAUGAAGUUCUAUCUGCAGGGGGUCAGAUGUGGAGGAACUCUGCUCAAAUGGAAAGAAAAUGGACUAUAAGUGUCUUUGAACGCACAAUAGAAAAGCUGCAAAAACAUAUUAAUAUGCCAAUUUUGGAGCAUUUGCUGCAUUCAAAAGAAGCAUGCUGAAAGAUAUGGUUAGGACGGACUUUUAUAACCAACACUAUUACUCCAUAGAUGGCCUUUUGCAUCUAGAUUUGAAAUGUCUACAAUAGGAUUUUGGAGAAUUUGCUUCUUUCAAAAGAAGCAUGCUGAAAGAUAUGGUUAGGACGAACUUUUACAACCUUUGGAAUGGUAUGGGUGAGGAGCUAAAACGACGUCCAAACAUAAAACAGUUGAAAACAAAAUAUAAAGAAUAUGUUGUCAUGGGAUACAGGGAUGUACAUUUAUAGUAACUAUUAUCAUUAUCGUCAUUGUUUUGUGGUUUGUUGUUUAUUUUCACUGUGGUGAUUUUUGUUUUUUAAUUUUUUAUUGCUAUUAUUACUAUGAUGAUUAAUAUUAUUACAUAAUGACAUAUAUGAUAUAUAUUGAAACCAUUAGUGUAGAUAAGGGAUGGGACUCGACUUCUUCCCACUCCUUUUUGAACUCAAAUAACUUUUUGUCAUUUGUUGUUGUAUUCUUUACUUUUUUAAUUGUCAUUUCUUUUUUUAUGUGUUCAAAAUAAACUUCAUUACUUCUUCAUAGAUGGCCUUGCAUCUAGAUUUGAAGUGCCUACGAUAAAAUGUUGGAGUGUUUGCUGCGUUCAAAAGAAGCGUGCUGAAAGAUACGAUUAGGACAGACUUUUACAAUCAACAUUAUUUCUUCAUAGAUGGCCUUUUGCAUCUAGAUUUGUAAUGUCUACGAUACAAAGGGUUCCUACGCAAGUAUGGAAGUAAUUUGAUCUAUUUCCAGGUCUUAAAAGUACGGAAAAUUAAAAAUAAAGUAUGGAAAAAUAUUUAUGUUUCCAGACUAUUACCCCAGUUCUAAAAUACUGUUUUCUACAAUAGAAAAGUAGGUUUUUCCAAAAAUACAAUAAGUAGGAUAUGGGAAAGUACAGAAAUUCCAACUGUGUAGAGACCCUGGAUACAGAAGAGCUUGAGUGUGUAGAAAGAUCUUGACCUAUAAUUGCAAAACUUUGUUCGCUAGCCGCUCAAGAUGUGCUCUCUCCUUUGAUAGUUGGCGCUUUUUUAUCCCGUAUUCAUAUUAUGUUAAGAAUUAGGAUGCAGUUAUAUUAGGAUACAGACAGAAGCAGCUUUUUGUUUUUCUUCCUUUUUCAAUCCGGCUUCAUUCGAGCCUUUUCUGUCCUUUUGAGGUGGUAAAGGAACAGUGUACGUUACGGUGGACUCGGAUUUAGCGGUCUUGCUCUUGCAGAGAACUGACCCCGAGAUGGAAACUCUCUCCUUGUGUUUUUCUCCAGAAUAACAUUCUUCUGCUGCAGCCUCACCUCGACUGAUCCCACACCAACCACCGCCAGCAGCAGCAGCAGCAGCACGGACACACAACCAAAAGGCCUGAAGAAGAUAUUACAGGCAUGCAGAAAUACAAACAAACAAAGCGCUACCAACCCAGAAGCAGUUUUCUUGAAAUUCUUUGAAGGAAUUCGCCAAAAUAAGAACUCAAUUGAAAAUGUUAGAGCCAAAAUUGGUAGAGGAUUGUUUUCAUCAAUCCUUAACAUUUUAUUCCACUGAAAUAAAUCAGUUUCGGCGUUUCGGCGUCUCCAGUUUCGGACACGCUUUCUGGAACUUACCAGACCCAAACAAAUGGCUUAUUUUGAUUUCUAAAACCAAAGUUUAGGAAAGUAUCAUGCUGUGUCUGGUUCUGCAAUCCCACAGUUAAGUACACAGGCUGAAAAGUUAGAGCUGUUUCCAACUCUACACUUUCAACUAUAUGAUUCAGCCCCUUAGGGCAAGAUGUUGAGGAUUAUUCGGGAUCAAGCUACCAAUGUGAAUCCUUCUUCCAAAGCCUUCCAGAUCAUAUGGACUGUCGACUUGUGAAUAAUGGUAGAAGUGGGUGAUUUUCCCUUUUUUGGAAGAGGCUUAUGCUGCUUUUUCGUUCUGCACAAUUGCCAGGCCUAUGAGCAACAUCCACAGUGAAUCAGAUAUGACAGCGAGAGAUGGUUGCACAAUGAGACGGCCGAUGAAUGCGGAAGAUUUCGGAUCAAAGAUUGCAUUGAUGGGACGGCUGUGUGCGCUUUGUGUGGGAGAGUAAAUCACCGACUUGCAUCUUGGAGAUUAAUUUAAGCUGCUUUCCUCGUGGGCCGCAUAAAAACAGGGAGGGGGGUUGUUUUCAUGGGUGGUGUCCAAAAACAGCUGAAGUUUCAAGGUAGAGAAAGAAGAGACAGCAGGGAGACAUUGAAAAAUGAAAGAGGCUGAGCUGGAGCUGAAGACAUGUCAGAGAGGCAAGAGCCAGGACACGUGAAAGAUGAUUCAGCUUUAUUUACUGUAACUUAAGAGACUCUACAUCAGACUUUGUGAGGAUUUGAGUCAUCGCACGGCGCAUUUAUUUACUCUGAGUUUGUUGUGUGAGAAUUCAAAUGCUUUAAUUUGCCAACAGACAACUUUAAAUUCGUGACUUGACUAGAAAUUCAAAGUGGCUGUGAACUGAGGUGGAGUUACAGCAAAUUUAAGGAUAAUGGUUGUCAAAAUACUCCUUUAUUAUAAUAGGUAAUUUAGCUUGGAUAUUGUUACAGAGGCUGUAUAUGGAUGUUUCCUAAUUGAAAUGGAUGGUCUGAUAACUAAUACACUCCAGGUUAAUAUCAUGUUAAUGGUUUUAGUAGUAUUAAGUUGUCUUAUAUCAACUAUGCUAAUUUGUAGAUUCAUUAAGAACACAUGCUUUUUGUUUUUCUUUUGCUCCUUCACUGGUGACGACUACAGCCACUCAAGAUUGAAGUUUCAGGGCCUAUGUCCAUUGAUAAAUUCUUGUUCUGUCCACUGUCUUACACUCUCAAAUAAAGGCAAAAACGCCUCAAAAUAAAACCUAAUAAUACAAAUGAGUUCAAAUAACUGACAGAACAAAUGUAUUUGCAUUUCAAAGACUGGAAAUUGUGCCUUGUGAAAUCCAGUGUGAUAAUUUUCACCUCCAAUCAAACCUCCACCACUGUUGUUAUCAAAGUGGACACUAAAGCUCCGCCUAUUUACUUUAUUUGUGAUAAAAUUUUCACUUUUCUUUAGAAAAUUACAAAACAUACGCAUUAACAGUAGAAAAACAACAAUUGCAAAAUUCCAAAACAAACCAAGAAAUCACAUAAAUCAAAAUGGAAACAGGCCCUUAAAUUUAAAAAAAAACGCCACAAGUCCCGCCCCUUUCUUGAUUAGCUGGUAAAAUACAAACAAAACUUAAGACUUAUUUCCAACUAAAGGUUCUUACACACCGGGAACAACGCAAAAUUACAAAAUGUUCAGAGGCGAAUUUUGACGCACCUGACUAUACACAUCAAGCACGUGUAUGCUCUCUGUUGGAUAUACCGGUGAAUCUGACGUCGCAACAAAACGCAAUCUGAUUGGUCAAAAGUGGACAUAUAGUAUGCAAAACUUUAGAAAAAUCGACUGUGAUAUGAAAAAAUAAAUGCCGCAAUAUCACAGGACAGGAAAACGUCGCUGAUGUGAACGCUUGUAUUGACAGAAUACGGGUUCGAAAAAAAAUAUUGACGUCCGAAAUAGUCACACAAAAAAAAAUAUGCUCCCGGUAUGUAAGGACCUUAAGAGUACACCAAAAAAAAAAAAAAGAAAAGAAAAGGCUGAAAAUACUGAAACGCUCAAGUAACUUUUUUCGGGUUUUUUUUGUUUGUAGCUAAUUAGUGCAAAAAAAUUAAGUUGUAAAUGGACACAGGCCCUUAUGCGUGCACAUAGCUAGAACACAGACUUUCUGGUUUUGAGACAGACUCCAACAGGGAUUUUAGUCACCAUUUGUUUUUAGGGAUCUGGGGAACAAUAAGGUAACUGCAGAGACACAAGGCUCUGUUUAACUCCAAGUAAAAUGGAGAUAAAUGUCAUUGCAUGUCCGGGAUUAUUAGCACUUUGCCAGCGGGAGGUUCACUAUUUGCACAACUGCAUGCAUGUGAAUAUACCCACAUAUGUUUUUGCAUUCUAGCCAGCACAUUAUGAGGAAGUAGACAUGCGCACAUAGUUAGUCACAUAAUUCCUGUGUGACACAUCUGACUGCAAACUCAUACUUGUGCAUAGACUCCGCCCCCUGUGGUCCAGUGAUUGGCCUACUUAGAGGCAGGGCAGCCCACUGGCAGAUUUGAAUACAGAGAGACAGAGAAGGGAGGGAUGGACAGAGAGGAGGAGGAGGAGGAGGAGGGGAGAAAGAGCGGGGGGCGGUGCACUAGUUUGCCCCUGCUCUCUCUCUCUCUCUUUAUCUCUCUCUCUCGCUCGCUCUGUGCGCCGGGUCAGGAUGGAAAGGCUUACACAGGCAGGGGAGGAAACAUGUCAUGAGAGGUGAUGACACAGAAGCAGAGAGAUAUCCAAGUUCACCGCUCGCCGCUGCCGCUUCUCCCGCUCCUGCUGCUUUUUACUGCGUCCCACAGAGGAGAGAGAGAGCCAAAGAUAGCCUCCGUCCUCUCUCACCCACCUCUCUCUCUCUUCCUCUCUUUCUCACUUUGUUUGUGAAUGAUGGGAUUUUAAUCAUGUGGAAGGUAAGAAGAAGAAGAAGUAGGAGGAAGAGGAGUGUGAUUUUUUGGGUGUUUUAUGUCUACUGUGUAUAAGGAGUGGGAGGUUGUCUCUGUGGGACUUUGUAUUCCUCUUAGUUUACUUAAGUCUGCGAGUCCCGGGGGGGAUUCCUGCAUGCUCUCGCCCUCAAUCUCAGCUCUGACUGUAUUCUCAGUGGAAAUAAGGAGUAGGAGCGAUGAGCGCCAGUAUUGCUGGAAUGAUAAUGAUAGAGCCGUGGCUUCGGGAGUCAGCCAAUGAGUGUGGUAGAGCCAUCUGUAUCAUGGUCCAGGAAAACUUCUGCGAUUUCUGAAACCAUUUCUGCUGGCUUUAAUGAUAAUAAAUGAGCUGUUUGGAACAAUUACCUUGAAAUAUCUUUGAGUUUCUUGCUUUGGAGGAACUUUGGUCCCCUGAAAUUCUUGUUUCUAUUAAGAGUCAAGACUGAUUUCUGCUCUGCUUUAAAUAAAGCCGCACACAUAAUGUUUUGUGCGCACAUGUUUGCGUAAAUGUGGGAGAGUGUGAGGAGUCGCAUCGCAUGUGAGAGUCUGUUUUGUGUGACCCAAUUUCAAAGAGCCACUGUGUGUGUUUUGGUGCUAGCUUGAAGCCCAGGGAGCAUAAAGACAGGAGACAGCGCCUUGAGGGAUGCUUCAAAAUGUGUGCGUACUUCAGUGGCUCUGAAGGUCCCAAAUACCCAAUAGGUGGUGUUGGCACCAGCGCAUACAGUAUCAAGGGUUGUACCCAUGUGCUGUGCAUGGCUCAGGUUGUUCUUUGAGUCCCCCCCAGAGGUCCGAUUAUUUGAUUUCACAGCAUUUCCCCUGUGCUCGAGUGAGUUCGCUUCAUAUCUGUUCAUGUGUGUAUAAGUGUGCGUGCGUGUCAUGUGUGCUAAAGCGUGUAUGUGUGACAGCUGGCUGCCACAGGGGGCUCAGUGUGUUUACUGAUCCUUCUCACCUGCUACGAGGGUCACAGGGAUCAAGGAAAUCCAGGUCUAGUGGUCUGGGAGACAAUGGGAAACUCAGGAAAGGAAGGAAACUGUACUGUGACGGUGGUUUAUGCUACACGGAUACAACUCUGACCAAAGCAUGGUAAUGCAUUCAUGAGUGGCGUGUGCAACUUUAGCUGCAGUUAUGCUGGAUUUUAGUCCUAAAAGUUACUUUUUUUCAACCUCAAGUUUGUGGAGAGGCUUCAAACUUUUGGGUUUGACGGAAAAAAAGUUAAACUUUGAAUCACAGUGUAUGUAAAUAAAUUAACUUAAACUUUUUUGGCUUAAAUUUUGAUGAUUUAGACUCAUAGCAAAUACAUAAAAAAAAAAAAAAAACUUCUCAAAAGGAGGUCUGUUAAUCUUAAAAUACUUCUCUAAAAACUCCUGGUAGUUGCCAAGCUGGCCAAUCAAGCACGUUAGUAUAGUCAGCUAACUAUUUGGUGGAAGUUUUGGCGUUGUGGGCAGGUGCUAAAUUAUCAAACUUCAAGCCAAAAUUAAAAGUUAAAGACAAAUUGAAUUUAAUUAAACUUUUUUUUGGCUUGAAGUUUGAUAAUUUAGGCUCAUAGCAAAUACAUUUUUUAAAAACUUUGGAAAAGUAUGUCUGUUUUUCUGAAAAAAAAAAACUUCUCUAAAAAUAUCUGGUAGUUGCCAAGCUGGCCAAUAAAGCAUGUUAGUAUAGUCAGCGAACUAUUUGAUGGAAGUUUUGGCGUUGUGGGCAGGUGCGAAAUUAUCAAAUUCAAGCCAAAAAAAAAGUUUAAAAUAAUUCAAAUUACAAGCCAAUAAAAAAAAAGUUUGAGAUAAAUUGAAUCAUCUUGAACUUAUUUUUGGCUUAAAAUUUGAUAAUUUAGGCUCAUAGCAAAUAAUAUAUAUAUUUUUUUAAACUUAAGAAAAGUUGGUCCGUUAGUCUUAAAAAACUUAUCUAAAAAUUCUGGCAGUUGCCAAGCUGGCCAAUCAAGCACAUAAGUAUCGUCAGCAAAUUAUUUGGUGGAAGUUUUGGCGUCGUGGGCAGGUGCUAAAUUAUUAAACUUCAAGCCAAGAAAAAAGUUUUAGAUAAUUCAAUUUACAAGACGAAAAUGAAGUUUCUUUAACUUUUUGUGGGCGGUAAAGUUUGAUCAUUUAGGCUCAUAGCAAAUACAUUUUUUUUUUAAAACUUCAGAUAGUUUAUCUGUUAAUCUUAUAAAAAACAUCUGGUAAUUGCCAAGCUGGCCAAUCAAGCACGUUAGUAUCGUCAGCAAACUAUUUGGUUGAAGUUUUGGCAUUGUAGGCAGGUGCUACACUCUGUUUGAAAAUGAAAUCAUUGUUUCUAUAAAGCUUGUCAGCAAGUGAGCGCAUGACAUUCUCUUAAAUCCCCUUGUAGACGAUUAUGCUGACUUUAGUUUGACCUCAAAUCAUCAAAGAUUGUGACUCUUAAUUUCUCAAUGACAAGCCAAAUUUACUUCCAUCUGACAGAGGACUUUGGACCACCGGGCUACACUCCAGCUUUUUUCCUUCUUUGCACAUUCUUCUGAGAUUUCCUUUACUUCAGGAGUGUCUUAAUACGUCUGUGUUUGUACCUGCAGUGUGUGUGGUUGAAACGUAUUUCACUUUUGCUUUGAGAAAAAACCACACAACAACAGGCUUUGUCUGCAGUUCUGUUUGUGGCUGUCAUGAUGCAGACCAUUAUAGCAACAAUGGUGUUGUUAUUGUUUCUUUUUCCUGUUUCCCCUGACACGUUUCAGUGGCAUUGUCAGCCUGGGCGGCCUUGAGAAAAAAAAGCAUCUCGGCUCUCAGAUACUCCUUGUUUUGUCAGCCUUGGCUGUGAUUGACUGUGGGAACCGUGCAGAUAAAUAUAGCGAGGGCGGUAUUGUCAUUUCUUUUCCUGCGUGGGGCCACAUCUGUCAGUCUGUUUGUAGGAGGGAAAGGUGCACUCCUGGUUUACUCAAAAAAAAAACCUGUUGCUUUAGUGUCGGGAGAAUUUCUCUCCGGAGAGGCUUUCUGAUAGUAUUUGACACCUACUUCACCCUGUUAUCACACCAGCAUGUGGCUUACAGGAUAAAAACUCAGAGGUAAAACUCAUAUCUCUUUCCUAAUUGGUUAAUCUUCAAAGUGUCAGCAGUCACUUCAGAUGCUCCCGGGCCAAUCUGCUAAUUGCUAUCUAAACAUCCUUCAAAAAGGACAAAGACAGAUUGAGAGAGGUUUUAUCCUCCCCUCUAUUUCCACUUCAGCUCAGUUCAUUUUGUUCACCCCAGUGCGUUCUUUAAUCGCCAGCCCAUGAGAUGAGAGUGUAAUGUUGCCAUGGAAACUUUUGACAAUAAGGACAAUCGGUUCAGUGAGACUUCACAGCUUGCGGAGAGGAUAAGUGGUCACUCAACUUUCCCCAACUUUCCCUUUUUAUAAAACUGUCAGGAUCCUCUGCAGAAGGCUGCUUUAUGCAUAUUAACUUCGUUCCAAAUGUACGACUGCUUUUUUUUAUAAAUCUGAAAGAAAAAGUCAGCAAAAAAACACUUCAGCGCACACCACUUUCAUCAAAGAGACUUCUUAAAAGUUAAAUGUGGUGGUCUGAGAGCUCCCUGCCUUUUCACCUGCUUACGUGGAGUGAAAAGCCAAGACAGGGAGAGCAGCAGCAAAGACCCAAUAUGACACUGGUAAAAUCAGGCACGGCAUUACACAUUAUGACUUGAGUGUUUUAGGUCGUGUUCACACCUAAAGGUCCGUUUCUUGAUUCGAAUCCAAGGCAAGACGCUACAUUUGUUUUGAUUGUUUAACUGGUCCGGUUUGCGUUCACAAAGGACAAAUUCAAUCGUUCCAGACAACGGAACCAGAAGUCACGUGACUGCGAAUAUCGUUUGAUUAUUGGUCAUUAGUUUACACGGGAAUACAAACCCCGCUCUGCUGUCUUCGCCUGUCAUGGAGCAUCGUAGGCUGGUUUUGCUUUUGCUACUCAUCCGGAGCGCGAACUGCGGCAUUAAUUAAUACAUUCCGGAGUAGACGUGCUGCAAACAAUAGACAGAUAAAGACGAGACGGCGACAGGCAUUAAUGAGAGCCUACCAGGAUGCGUUUUCUCACUGGUAUCAAUCGGGACAAGUGAGGUGAGCUGACAACAUUUAUUUCACAACCAGCACUACAAAUGUGUGGUGCGUUUCCUGUGAUUGGUGUGAAUGACGUUCACACCAGAAAUGAACCGCUCCAGAGUUCACUUAAUAGCGGUCCGAGACCACCUCUUCAGGCCAGAGUUCGUUUACUUGGUCCACACCAGAGUUCGAGGUCAGCGUUCACACCGACCCAAACGAACCGCACCAAGGGGGUAAACGCUCCAGGGUUUGGUUCAACCAGACUAAACGAGGGUGGUGUGAACGCGCCCUUAAUUACGUCCAGAUUGAAUCAGGGGUACGAAGUUUGGAUAAAGCUGGUUUAGAGGGUUAAUGCGGUCCCUUUAAUUCUGCUAUCUUCAAACUCUUGCAAAACCCAUUUUCUCUGUAAAGCAGAGCAACGGAAAGACAAAAAGUCACUUCUCUUUAAAUUACAGAAAAAACAAAACCUUUUCGUUUGUAAUCACUGAUUCCCUGCGUGGGCUGCUUGAUAAACAACCUCUCAAAGGUGUCACACAGGGCUUGCCUUUAAUUAUUUUUGCUCCUCAGAGUGUGAGUCUGCAGAUUUGAGGCGGUCAUUUGAUAUGCAUCGAGGGUUUUUCGGUUAAUCUUCUGCAGACCUGCAGAUGUUUAAGGAGUCAGAUCACGUCAUUUUCAAAUAUUUGCCACCAGAGAGGCCUUCAGGUUCAAUAUCAGCGGGUUUUUUUUGGACAUUCCCUCCACUUGGAUCAUGUCAAGUCUCACAUUUGCAGAGCGGAGCACUGCGAAGUCAUACAGCAAAAAUGCAACACUUCAGAAGUAAUUGUAAGCAUACCACAAAGCUAUACUACACAUAUGAUCUGUGUUAUGACUUAGCAGGUGGUCUAUGAACCUGGGUCAUCGCAGGCAUGUUCAGGGUUAAACCGAGGUCACGUGUGCAAGGAAACAGGUUCCUCAUGCGAAAAGGAGUCCAAAGUAGCUCCUGUGAAAAAAAGUCAUUCUCUUUAAAUGCCGUUGCAUUUUGAAGAUAAGUGAGAAAAACAGACUGCUACCUUGGAUUCAAUAAAUAUGAAAUAUUAAAAUGAAAGUUAGAGGCAAAUUAAAACAAAAUGACUCCUGCAGCUAAAAGAAAUUAAUUGCUCCAUCAAAAUUUGAACCUAAUUAAGAUAAAAGCAAGUAUAUUUAGAAUAAUUGACUCUAUCUGGUGAAUAUCUAAGGAAAUAUGACAACAAUUUGCAGGUUCUAAGUUGGAUUUAUGUUCACCUUUUUACUUUUAGUCCUGAGUUUUAAACUUUUGAUUUAGCAAAAAGUGCCGGUUUGCUCUCUGAGACUCAAUUAUCAUAAAAACCGUAUGCAGAGUAAGGAGUUACAAAAAUAAGCAGAAGUUUCAGCAGCAGAGAUUUGUAUUUGUCGCAGUUGCACUUAUUUACAGUGUGACCUCAUUUGGAAGCAGACAACUGUUUUUUCACGAAAAGUUCUUUCAGUGGCACAGUGUGUUUGUCCCUCCUGUUGCCUUAACAUAGAUGUAAAGCAUGGGGCUUAAAAAUCAAGAUCAAGGAAAAAGAGGAAUAAGAUACAAGCAAGUGCAAAAAAAGGUCAGAAACCUCAGAAGAAACUGCGAAAAAAAGGUCCAAAGUGGGGGAAAAAGUGCGCUACAGCGAACUAUAUCAAUAAAAUAAGGAGCGAUGCACAUAGUCAUGGUGCAAACUGUAGUGCAUUUGAUAAAUACGCAGGUAGAAUUGCAAGAAUUUAUAGUGCAUAUUACAAAUAAUGACUAUAGAAUCAAAAAAGGGCACCAGGUGGUCACUGAUAAUGCGAUAAUGCAAAAUUAUUGCAACAAUUGAGGUGCAAAACACGUAGCUGCAGCGCAAAUUAUUGUGCAUUUCUUCACCAAGCUGCAGUUAAAUCAACAUUUACCGUAUUUUUCGCACUAUAAGGCGCACCAUCAAUGAACGCGUCUAUUUUCAUACAUAAGGCGCACUGGAUUAUAAAGCGCAUUAAGCCAAAACAAAACAGUCAGCUAAGUCAAACUUUAUUUAACUCAUUCAAUAACUCGGCGAGGCUACGGUAGCUGCAGUGCUCCGACAAGCCAAAAGGAUUUUAAGUGCGCCUUACAGUGCGAAAAAUACAGUACUCAACCAUGGACUGAAGGGAGCACUCUGCAGCCAAUGUGCAUUUAAACAAACUUCAUAGCAGUACUAAAAGCACAAAACACACAUCAACAGUGCAUAUCAUGGUGCAUUUUCUAAAAAAUGCAGUGUGACUUGCGCUACUCCCCUGUGCAUUGACUACUUCGCUGCCAAGUUGCACUUCAGCAGACUUUAUUCAAAGAGCAAAGCACUCAGUUUCAGUGCAAAUUAUGGUGCGUUUCCACAAUAUGCCAUCAGGUCAAAUGCCAGAAUAGUCAGUCGAAUACUCGAUUACUAAAGUAACUCAUACUGAGUCGAAUAACUUUGAUUCUUUCACAGCAAAAAUGCCUCAAUAUUCAUAUUCACGUUGAAAAAUGGAAAUUGUGUUUGUCCUCACCGCCUAAGUGAGCAGAUGCUGAAAGCUUUUCCUUCACUCCAGUGGUGCUCUGUUCAUACAUGCAUAAACUAGCAUCUGAAACCCCUCCCUGGGGCCGCUUUUGCGCCGAAAACAUUUCAUUAUCCAAUCAGAGCUGCAAGGAUAAUUUGGCACUUUGGGGAAUAACCUCUGUGUAAUCACUUUCAAGCUUACUUGGGGAUUCUACGCAUAUUUUUGAGCUUUAAAGAAUAAUUAAAGGUGUUAAGUAAAUUUGUAGUGUCUUAAAAACUCUGUAGUAUUCCCUCAGGUAAGACUGGAUGUAUAUUAUUUUAAAUUUAAGAGUAAAUUAGAGGGAAAUAACUGAUUUAAGAGCAGGACACAAUAUAGAUAUGGGUCUUUUUUUGAGUGUAUCUUGCAGAGAUCGUCCACCAUGUUGAAAUUUGCCCUUGACAUCACCAGACUUGCUUUUGUCUUGUAUAAUCUCCAGCCCCCAAACAUCACAUCUAAUUUCACAUGCCCCACUAUACCCAAUCUGGGUCACACAAGCAGACAAACCCCGCCACACACAAACACCCUCACAUAAAAAACCCACAAUCACAAAUGUCAGCCUUUAUGGUAAUCACUAAUAGCCUCGGCAUCCCGGUCUAUGACUAGCCAAUCCUGUUAGGUGUGACUGACCGCUUCAGAACAUAAAAGCUCAUGAUUGGUCACGGCUAGUGUGGCAGGAAGCGGAUUAGGGAUCAACAUGGCAUGGUGUCUGGAGUCAGACAAAGACGCAAUGUGUGUGUGUGUGUGUGUGUAUGGCAACAGUUUGUGCUGUUAACUUGUUAACCGUGCAGGGAAAUGCAGCCUCGUGAUGUACAGCUGAAAGGAAUUUGAAUGGAAGAGGAGGCAUGAUUAGGAGGAAGGAUGCAAGGAGAUGAGAGAGAUUUUGAAAUCUUGCUCUGCUUUGAAUGUGACAUCUUAAAUUGUGUACACAGGUGGAGUUUAGACAAAUACAACUCUUGGCUCUUGUCAGCUGUACCUGCAUGCUGCUUCAUACUGCACACAACAACAAAAAAACGACUACCUCCAGCUCUAGAAAUGCAUGAUUUAUCACUAAGGCGACUUCCUACAAGAAAUUCUUGAGACAAAUAUUUAGCAAAGGAAAUGUUGUGGGAAAAUAUUAUGACUGCGCUCUGCAGGGCCGAAGAACAUUUCAACACUAUUUCUAUGUAUUUCCAGCACGUAGCUACACACCCAGACGUAAUCCUUUUAAGCAAAUAAAAUCAAUCUGCAGAGUAAACUUCGACCUUGGCAAAAGAGGCACGACCCUGGAAAGACAACUUGUUCUCGCUGACUCCCUGAGGUCAGAGGUUAAUCCCUCAUCGUGUGCCACGAAAGCAGAUUAUGGUUGUUUUGAAUCGGCAAUCCCAUAAGCGGGAGAGGGUGGGUCGUUUCAAAAAUUCUUCGACAGAUUGAGAUAAACAAGAGUUGAAAGUUUGGGAUGAGGUUACGUAUACAAAAGGGGAGGAGCUUAACAAAGAGAUAAAGAGCUCAAGGUCACAAGGUGUUAAUAAACUUACAACAAAAAUCAGCAGUGCACACAGCCAUAGUGCAUAUCACAGUGCAUUUCGAGAACACGAAGAGAGAAUUGCACCAACCUGCUGUAGUAUAAAAAACUCUUGACAAUCGCUGAUUGUUGUUUCAUUCGUCAUCAGACAAUCAAAAGAACAAUGAGCAGUGCAGUGCACAUUCAGGUGCAUUUGUUGAAAGAUGCAGACAGAACUGCACCAAGUCGUAGAACAUAUAACCAUUGAUUCAUCAGAGACCCAAUGGAAUGCACUCAGCAGUCACAAAAUAUUAUAGCAAACUUCGGCAGAAUAUUAAAAGGUGCAAUUCACACAGCAAUAGCACAAAUGACAGCGCAUUUGUUGAGGUAAUGCAAAAGAAUCGCAAAAAGCUAGUGUAAGCUAAUCAUGCUGUCAAAGCGCACUUCAGUAAACAACAUCAUUGUAUAAAAAAGCAGUGCAAACAGCCAGAGAAGCAAAGCAUGGUGCAUUUGUUCAUAUUUGCAGCGGGAACUGCACCGAGCCACAUCGAAAACAACUCCAGCUGUACAGCCUCAGUGCAUUUUAGCGCCCUUAAUCACAUUGUUUGAAAAGCAAAUCACACAUCAACAAUGCAAAUUAGAAUGCAACAGAAUAUGACUAGGAAGCAGUGCACAGCCAUGGCGCAAAACGAAAACUUAAACAGAGUUUAAAGCACUUCACAUAGCAACAGCGAUUAAUUAGAAAAACGUGUCUUACCGUUGCUAGGUUAUCGCAUUGAUGCUUUUUGCACCGUUGCUUGAAGGAGGAUUGUCCAUGACGUAGUUGCACCUUCUUUGGUUGCUCCAUCUGUGACAUCUGUUGAGAAUAAAAACAGUUUCUUAGAAAACAGCACUGAUAAAUGAAGCAACAGUGCAUCGGGGUUUCCCCUACAUGCAAUUGAUCGUGGCGCACCGCCACAGCUAAAUAAAAGCCGCCACACCUAAAAAAAAAUUAGUUUUUAUCUCACAAAGUUCUACCUCGGACUCAUAUGUAUCAGCAGUGUUACCCCUACAUUCAUUAAGUUAAAUUACGUACGCCACAACAGAAAUUUCACAUGAUCAUUAAUAUCAAUGCGCCACUGGUGAUUCUAAUCGCACUGUGUGAGCACAACAACACACAAUGUUAUUUCCGACUUGUUGUGAGUCAUCAAGGAGCGCAUCAAAUCCUAUCGGACCCUCUUCCAUCAAUGUGAAAGGUAAUGUUCAAGCUUACACACGGUCUAUACAGCGAGUAGCAUUAAUAUCAUGAGUAGCAUUAUUAUGAAUGCGGCAGUAAUGAUUUCUACUCGACAACAACACACUACGUUAUUUUCGACUUGUUGUGAGUCAUCAACAAGCACAUCAAAUCCUGUCGGACCCUCUUCCACUAAUGUGAAGGGAAACGUUUAAGCUUAUACACGUACUUUAUAGCGAGUAGCGCGGGUAGCGUAACGUGAAUGCAACAGCGUAGCUCCUGUAGCGGCAAGAGACACCGCCGCUGCUGAAAAAGAGGGGAAACACAGGUGCAUAUGGCAAAAACUUCAAUUAUGAACUGCAAUGGCAAAAUGGGUAUGUCAACAAUUAACAGAAUGUCUCUGAAACGCCACAGUGCAAAGGCUACUGUAGCCAAAUUGGAGUAUUCAAUGCUAAUUAGUGAUUUUCUUGGUGAUUUUGUCAUGUUUAGGUGAAAAAUAAGCAUAAACGCUGUGCUUUCUUCGGUCAAAAUAAAAAUAGACGCUCUGACGUAUCAUCUACCCAGAAACUGGAUUUCAUUGGUUUUCGCUACUUCUGUGAACGUCAGAUGUGUCAAGAGUAGGGUGUUCAUAUUGUCUAUGAUUGGUACACACAACCCCAUUUGAAGGCAUCAUAAAAUAAUAGGAUAGGGAUCCAGCAACAACAUCCUUUUCGAAAAAUAAAGCGAAUAGGAAAGUGCAAAAAAACUAAGCAGUUGGAGCACAUCAGUUUUAAAGCCUGGUACAAAACAGUUUUCAGUGCAUUGUAGCCAAAAAAUAAACUAAACUGUUUAUUUCUGCUUUCUCGCUGUGGGAAGCUAGUUGGAGUCUCUAUUUAAAAAGUGUCGAAAUGCAGAAAAAUGUCCACGUUUUGAUUUUAAUGUCAGCGUCACCUUAACUUUCAUGGCCCAUUGUGAGCACACAUCAAACCCAGACGUCAAAUCCUCACCAGGCAGGGUUAUUUGGCCUGUAACUGGGCCAUUGUAGAAGCUGACAGACAGAUAUCGUCGUGUUUACACUCCGCUUCAGAUGUUUCGCCCUCUUUCUCUUACUCUCAACAUUUCUCCCUGUGUGUGUUUGCUAUUUUCCGCCCUCUGUGAGUUAAAGAAUUGGAACAGCACAAUCGUACCGUCACUCACACACACACACACACACAGGGACACAGACUGAGUGUAUGCUGAUUGUGCGAGCCAGGUCAACGGGGAUGACCUACUUCUCGGUUCUGCUCCGUGGACUGCCACAGCCGCUCACGUCAACUCACCGAAUGGAACCCUCCGCCUACUCAAAUGUGUUUUUUAAAGUGUGUGUGUGGAGGGGGUGGGUGGUGGGGGUUAAAUGGCUUUUGGCUGCUUAUUAUAAUCUUUUUUUGAGUGCUUCCGUGUCACCUCAUUUACCAGGAGAGAUCUGGCACUGGAACUGUUCCCUGCUGCCAGCGUUGAAGUGUAACUUUUUCAGCUCAAUUUGUCAGGCGACGGUUCGGUUGAAUAUUCAUUUUGAUGAAACGCUAAAAAAAUACAACGCAAUAAAAGCCCCCCUGAAGGAGAGGAUAAAGCGGAUACUAUAGAGGUUUUAAUAGGAGAACUUUAGAUGAAGAAACUUCGAGCAGAGGCCUAAUUUUUUCACGAUUAUUAAAAUAAAUCAGCAUUAUGAGCGGCUUCAUGUAUUAUGGAGGCGGGAGGAACCACGCGCGCUGUUCCCAGACUCUCCCUCGCCUCUGUUUGAGCCCACGUCUCGCUCAUGUCGAAUCACUUUUAUAAAAAUGGAAAGAAAGAGCCGCUAUGAAAAUUUUAACAGCUUAAACUAUGAAUGGAAGGGAAAGCCGCAACCUCCUCGGAGAUAAUGAAUGAUUUAGGAGAAGCGGAGCAGCAGACUAAUGGGGAAGUCUGGCCAAAUGUAAACAGGACGAGACAUGAAGAGUUGGGAGAGGUUUGAAUUUCCAAAGUGCUUCAUUAAGUUGUUUUCAAGGCUGAUUUGUUUUCCAAGGGGAGCCGGUGGACGUCCUCUAAUAGAGCCAAUAUCCUAAAAAAUUACGUGUCAUUACAGACCAGCUGAACUGCAAAGUUUAUUGUGUCCAAAUAGAUGGUUUUGCUCGGGAAUGAAGGAGGCCACACAUUUUGCAUUUUUAACUAGUGCCAGACAAGAAAACUAGAAAAAUAAGAGUUUGCGUGUAUGCUUCAGAGAUAUUUUAAGAAGAAAGAUAGUCUAUAUUUAAGCUUGACUCAUGAAUGACCCUUAAAGGAGUUAUCUUUCCAGUUUUUAGUCAAAUACCCCCCAAAAAAGACUCAAUAUUCACAUAUUGGCUACAGCAGACACACAGGGCUGAAAGCGACACUUACUGUCAGACUGUUGUAGCUUUCCAGACGCUGGUAGGCUUCUUUGUUUAUAUAUUUGUUCACAAAUUUAACAGUCUGUUUGCUGCUACAGCUGUAACCAUCCCAGACCAGCAUCAAUAUUUUUCCUUUCCCGACUCUAAAUCACAUUUUUGCCCUGCUCUAACACACCUGAUUCAAAUGAUCAGCUCGUUAGUAAGCCAUUACAGAGCUUGAUAACGAGCUGAUGAUUUGAAUCAGGUGUGUUGGAGCAGGGACCAGGAACCACUGGUCCAACUAAUCAAAAAAGAGGCGCAUUGGACAUUUUUGAUGGCCGAAUAUCUUACGACCCAAAAGUUUUAGCCGGGUGGUGACCUGGGCGUGUACGCCUCCUCCUCCUCCUCCUGUAAUCCACAGUGACCUCUUCAGUCUAUGAAACAUUCAAAGAGGGGCGGUUGUCCUGCCUCCUCUGUUCCCGAGUGGUCAGAAAACACAAGGGAGUUGUGAACACGGUGGUUAAAAGUUAAAAAUAUGAUGUUAUACAACAGCUAGUUCGGAGCAAGUUUGGACAAGCGCUUCUCUGUAGAAAUAAAACAGCACCCGUUUUGACUGUACGUACAAUCUGAAGCCUAAUAGAGCUAAGAUGGUGCAUAAAAUGUUAAAAUAGAGUAUGAAAAUUUGACUUUCUUUUUGGAAAUCUUGGAAAAAUCAGAGGAGCUGCACUGUUUUUUAUUAGGGAACACCUUUAAGUUCAGCGUCUAAGUGGCCAAUAACACUUAUUUUGAAUGAUGAAGAUGGCUCGCUUGAAUCACAAGGCAUCUUGGGAAUCCAUAUCAACUCAGCGUCUAUCAUAGCAGCACUCUUUAACAAAGCCUUGUGGGGAUUACAGCUAAAAGAAGCAAAUCUAAAAUCAUUUGUUUGGCUAAAAUGCAAAAUUACUGUUUAAUUUGAGCUCUGUGUUUAUUUCCUACAAAGUACAAACUGUCAGCCAGUAGAAGAAGGAAAGAUACAAAAAUGAGCUAAAUUCAGCUCAAAAUGCAGCUGUGUGCAUAUUACAUGACAUCUGUUGUGUGGCUCUCAUGCAGGAAAAGAAAGGAGGACAGUUGAGGCUUCCUCGCUGCUUAUCCAGCUUUGUAUUGCCCCCUAAUGAGCACUUUUGGUACUGUCUGUGUGAUACUGCAAACACAAGAGGCAAGCAUGCUUUAACCCACAGCUGCAGCUCUGACAGACCUGAAACGCGACAUGAUGGAGGGAAAAAUAAACAACAUCAACUAGAUUCCAAUAACCUCCUCAAGGCUGAAAUCUCUCUGUUUUUCUUCCUCUUUUCCCUCCUAUUCUUCCUCCUUAAUUCCUGUCACCUCUGUACACGGUUCAACAGUGUCACCUACGGUGUGCUGAGAGGCAUUUCACCCUGUCUCGCCUGCCAGUUUGGAUUUUCUGGGCUGCGUUUGUGUGCGUGAGAGCGCGUGUUUAGGUUUGCGUGUGCGUGUUUGUCUUUGUCAGAAUAAGGUGGAUUUAUUCGCUUCAUCCUUCGGCGCCUCCAGGUUCCCCUCCUGUCAAGCAGCAACCUGUCAGAGCUCCAUCAGUGUCGAACUUUUCCAAGCUUUGGCAGAACUUUUAAUGUCUGUACUUCUGGUGCUUAUGUAAAACACUGUCUGCUGUUUAUGUUAUUUGGCUGGAAGCUGUGUGUGGAGACAGAGAGCAUAAAUUUUCUUGGACUUUAGAUGCUGAAUCCACUUGAUUUAUUCACCUCUUCACAUUCUGCACAAUGUUUGAGUGCUUUAGACUCCUGGACUGACAUUUUUACCACUUAAUUCUCAAAACAUUAAAUUUAUUUAACCUUAAAGCUCCUGUGAAGCUUUUUUGACCUUUACAAAAAUCGACUGAAAUUCAAACCGUUACCUUUUUGUGAUAAACAAAACCAAACAAGAUGAUCAAGGACGAGAUUGAUGAUUUCUAUGCUGUAAUUUUCAACAUCUAAAACCAGUGUGGGGUGGUAGGUGUCUGUGGAGCCAGUUUUUAUAUUUAUAGUAUUAAAAAUUCUAAAAUAAUUACAGAAAAGUUAGCAGGAUGAGAGUUUUUCUUUGAGGAUGCUACUAAAACAUGCAGAGGCAAGGAUAAGCAAAGCCUGUUUUGUCCACAGGGGGCGCCAAAACUACCACAAAAGAAAAGUUCCCCAUAGGAGCUUUAUGGAGGCCCUAAUACUCAGUCUGAUGUAUCUCCUGUAGUGUUCAUUCAUUAUAGAAUAACUACCUUUCAUAAAGUUAAUUUUGUGGCAUUGUGCUACAAACUUAAAACUGUAUCUGUGGAUCAUUUUGGCCACAAGAGGGCAGUAAAACACACUCUGACACUUUUAAACUUUUAACAUGUUAACAAACAGCGCCUUUUUAUCUGGAGUUGUAUCCUCAAUAACGUAAAUGUGAGAUUGAGUCACAUGUUACGUGUUUUUUUUCUAUAACCAGAUAGCAAUUUGUCCCUUUAGACACACCGUAGUUGAGCUGCCACAGUGUCUUCAUGCUUCCUGCUAUCGCCACAAUGGAAAACAACAUCGCUAAUGUGAUUUUUGACUUAAACUAGCUUGCCAAAAAAAUAAAAUAAAAUAUGGAAAUGUCAAAGAACAGAAUUUUAAACAAUUAAAAUGCAAUUAAUCAUGAUUAAGUUUUGGAAUUUUGCAAUUAAUCUUAAUUUAGAAAAUAGAUAAUAUGACAGCGUUGCCUUUAUUACAUGUUAAAAAACUUAUUUGGAGUGGUAUCCCUAGCCAGACAUCACAUUAAAGCCUAAAAAUAGUUGCUCAUUUAAGCCAACACCAGGCUGAUUGGGUGUUAAUUUUGUCUUUUUGUUAGCAUUACCAACCUCUACAACUUAUUCCCACCCAAUCAAACCUGUGUUGACACAAUAUCUUUAAGACAGAGUAAAAUACACUUUUGUUGUUGUUGUUAUUUGGCCUCUUUUGGUUAUCAAAAUUUGACUCGAAAGCCUGCCUAUGAAUUAUCUCAAAGAUGUUUAAAUGUGCAGCAAAUAAGCUCCUGUGAGAAGUUUUUAUCUGGUCAUGAAGGCCAUAAAAGACAAGACCAUUGGCAACAAGACUGCAGUUUCUAUAUUGUAAAGUCCUGUUAUCACUGCCAGACAAAAUCCUCACAGGAGCUUCAAAUCAAAUGUGAGUGAUGCAGGAAUGUUCCUUCAUAUGUUUGGUUUGGGGAAAACUUGCGUGGAAAGGUUUGAACUUAGAAAGCUUUUGUGGGUUGACGUCAUGCCGUAAUGGAAAAUCUGGAUUUUCUAUGUAUGUGCAUCAAAUUAAUCCAUAUGUGCUCUGAGUAAAGUAUCUAUUUAGACACACAAACACUCGAAAAAUCAGCAUAACAUUUUCACAACAGGACAAUAAACUUGAUUUAAGGCGUCCUCUUUUAGCCACGGAUUGGUAAGAACAUCCUGAUAUAUCGUCAGCACUGUCAGUAGGAAUCAGCAGAGAGCAUCUCUGGAAAUAUAAACACCUGAGGGAGGCUCUUAGGGGAGUGUGUAUCAACGUGUGCGGGCAGGAGUGUAAAUGUGAGUGUGUUUGUGCGUCUCUGAGGAUUUGUUGUGUUUACAGUCUCUCCAAACACUCACCCAUUCCUUUUCAUUUGAAGCAUGUGAUUGCUGAAUCACUUCCAUGUUUCCUUCUCAAUUUUUGCCUUCUCUCCUCUUCUAUCCUUCCAUUUUUACUCCGUUUCGACAUCUUUUCCUACUUGAUGCAAAAGAUCAAAGCCACUUCCCUCGCAUUUGCAAUAAAUCAUAAAGUUACUAAUUGUCUGUAUAGCCGGUUUCGGAUUCUGCAGCUCAUCUGGUCAGCAAAUGAAUGAGAUCAAGCCUUGUUUUUUUGCAAAGCAUGCAUAAAAAUGGCAAAUAGAUCAAGCAGAAGGUAUGUGUGGUGUGUGGUGUAGUCUACUUGGAUGCUCACAUGGCUUUAGCUCAGUGAACAGUGACAUCUGCUGCACUGUGCUGUUUGAAAUGGAUUCUUACCUGACCUUAAAAAUGCAUGCAAGUCCUCUCACUAGAAUCUAUUACUUUUAUGUGCAUUAAUAUGGAUAAUCUGUGCUUUGUAAAUUCCCCAAACAAAAUUUAAGUCUUUGUUUUAUGCUUAUUAAGUGGUGUUUCCACUUAUUAGUUACUUUUUGCAAGUUAUACAUCUUGCCGUUUUCUAACAAAAGUCCCAUUUCCCUAAAGUGUUUGUUAAGGCUUCUUCUAAUCCAGCAGACUUUUCUUUUCUCCUAAAAGUUUCUUUCCGCCAAAAACUCUCCUCACUUGUUUUCUUUUUUUUACUUCACAGCCCUGAGGCCAAAAUCAUAAAUAAAGAAGGCACAAAGAGCACACAACGCUUACGCAGUACAAGCUGAUAACAUUGAUUUGAGAUGAAGUAAUGUCGCUCCCAAUGACACUGUUGUUCAUUUCACAUUAAAAAUUCAGAUUUUCAGACAAAUUUCAAUAAAAUAAUUAUUAGGAAACAUCCCAAAACUUACAUUUAACAUCUUCUAACCUUAACAGGUUGGGAGAUCUUGCCAAAAUUAUGCAGGAUGUUUUGGAGAGUUGAAAUUGUUUGGUAUUAAGUACAGGCCUCCCAAAAAGCUCAUUUCCAAAUGAAUCCUGUAAAAGCUUAUUUUGGUUUUGAUUAGCUUAGCAUUCUCUUUUGCAAGUUUGCAAGCACAAACUUUAAUUAAAAUUAUUUCUACACAAUCAACUCUUCUUGAGUUGAUGAAGGCGGUUUUAAGAUCCUUAGUUGAAAACGAAGUUACGUAAUACACUCUACAGGCAAAAUCAUUAAAAAAUUGUUAAUAAUAUUUGCAAUAUGCAUGAAAAAGCAUUAAAAAGCAUGGUUCUGAUGGUCCUUGAAAGUCCUUAUCAUGUAGAUUUGGGUAGAUCUAAAAAUAAUGUUCAAAUUUACCCAGCAUAGUGAGAAUCAAUGUGUUAUUUGGAGUUGCUAUGAAGACGUUUAGGGCCUGUGUCCACUAACACAGUGCUGUCUGUUGAAAGGUCAUUAAAGCUGUUAGUCGGCACUUUCACUUCCAUCUAUGGAGACCACUGGUGACAAAGGUUAGAAAUAAGAAAUAUGUUUUGCCAACACAGAAAUGCCAUUUGUAGAAAUAGGCCCUUGUUUGCAUGAGUUUUAUUUCUGAAAUAAGUGAUGCUGCUACAGAAAUGCAUUUUGUGGAAAUAGGCCCUUGACUGCACAAGUUUUGUAUCACAAAUAAGUGAUGCCAAUACAGAAAUGCUAUUUGUGGAAAUAAGCCCUUGUUUGCAUAGGUUUUGUUUCAGAAAUAAGUGAUGCUAAUGCUAAAAUGGCAGUGGUAGACAUAGGCCCUUACUUCUUGAUUGCAUAGGUUUUGCUCCAGAAAUAAGAGAUGUCAAUACAAAAAACAUUAUUAGUUGACAUAGGUCCUUAAUCCCUAACUGCAUUGGUUUACUUUCAGUAUUAAGAGAUGUCAACACAAAAACACCAUUAGUGGACAUAGGCCCUUAAUCUUUGACAGAAAAGCAAUGAAUUAAAAGUCCCCAAAUUCCAAUAUGUAUUGCACUGGAUAGUACAGGAAACUAGAGCACAGUAUGUACUAUGAGGUGUAAUGUUUCCAUGCUAACUGAGGCUUUGAAUGAUAUACAUCCAAAUUACUGAAGUAAAGCACAAGUACCUUGAAUUUCCAUCUCAGUGCUUGUUAAAUGUUCGUAGUUACAUCACACCAAAGAACCGGGACACACUGAUAGCGUGUAGGGUCAGACAGAAGACAAGACUCAGCUCCUCUGCAGGGAAAUAAAUGGACAUGUGCACUAAUUACUAAUUAAACUGACUAAUUACUAAUUGACUACAGCUGUGUCUGCAGUCUGCACCAAACAGAAGAACCUGACACCACUGCUUGAUAGAAUUAUGUCUGAUUGAAUACAGUAAUGUUAUACACCUAGCAAGAAUGGAGCUCUGUAGUGUCUUGUUUUCAGGAUGUAACACACUUCUAGUCUCACUUCUCUUACACGGAUGUUGCACUGCAGGCUAUCAGUGAAGAAACGCUGAGCGCUAAUGAGCUUUUGCAACCAGAAAGAAAAGUAGACAACGCAGUUUCGCAACAAAAAGAAUAUACUCAAAACAGGAUGAUUGCCCCCAAGCAGGUGCUGAUCUGCACCCUCAGUGUGUUAACUGUUGUUGGUUGGAUGGCAGGAUGUUAAGUGUUGGAUUUUGAGGUCCACUCACUGGUCUGCGCCCCUCCCCAACACAGCAAUGAGUAAUAAGCUGUUUCACACUAUUAAAUCACAAAUCCCUCUGCCUUCUUUCCCUUCCCUUCUUUCUGCCGUCCUCUAUCUCUAUCUCUCUCUGUCUCCGGCCUGCAGACAGCUGAGCGGCUCUUCUGGAUUUCGCUGACACUGCGCCUGGUCCCGCCUGGCCUCCUCUGAGCAGGAUGGAAACUCUGGAGUCAGAGCUGACCUGCCCAAUCUGCCUGGAGCUCUUUGAAGACCCGCUGCUGCUCCCCUGCGCCCACAGCUUGUGUUUCGGCUGCGCCCACCGCAUCCUUAUCUCCCACUGCGCCACCAACGAGUCCGUUCAGAGUAUCGGAGCCUUCCAGUGCCCCACCUGUAGAUAUGUCAUCUCCUUGAGUCCUGAGAGAGGACUAGAGGGACUUAAGAGAAACGUGACCUUGCAGAACAUUAUCGAUAGAGUCCAGAGGGCUUCAUCCUCUGCUGGGCUUCCUUUACCACUACCUGCGCCCCACAGCGGGCCCAACUCUCCCGGCGAGGAAGGGAGCAACAGAUUGGCACUGGUCCCCGUCAGCGCCGCCAUGUCCAGCCCAGGAACGCCUCCUGAACCGGUCCAGUGCCAGUUCUGCGAACAGGAUCCGCCUCAGGAUGCCGUGAAAACAUGCGUGACAUGUGAGGUGUCGUACUGUGAGGAGUGCCUGCGGGCCACUCACCCCAACAAGAAGCCGUUCACCGGACACAGGCUCAUCGAGCCCAUGCCGGACACCCACCUCAGGGGGCUCCAGUGUCUGGAGCACGAGGAGGAGAAGGUGAACAUGUACUGUGUCACUGACGAUCAGCUCAUCUGCUCGCUGUGCAAACUGGUAGGACGGCACAGGGAUCACCAGGUGGCAGCACUGAGCGACCGCUACGAAAAACUCAGGGUAAGAUCUGCGGACAGUCUUUCACCUUUACACAAGCAGAAACCACAGAUUACUUGGCUUACUUUGUUAAAGCGGUUUACCUGUCCAGCAGAAAGGUUACAGGGUCCGUAUGAUGCCGAAGCAUCUGGUUGGUUUUUACUGUCCGAUACUGUAGCACGCGAACUUUGUUUGAGCUUGUGAACGUUAUUUGUAGUGCGUGCUUCACAACACGAGGGAGCAGCAUCCGCCUGACUCGCCUCAAUCAGGUCGGGGAGGUGGAGAAUGGCUUUGUUUACAGUCAGAAAGAGCGGGACGCUCAAAAAAUUUACAAUGUCGACUACACAGGCAUAAGAGAACACAGCGAUGUCCUGGUAUUCUCAAAUGUCAUCAAUAACUAAUAGCUACUGACUGAUAUUAAAAGCUUUUUUGUAUAUACACCACAAAAAAAGCGUUCCUUAACGGAUUCCUGCCUACCCCACCCUUAAGUCUAGCUAAGUUAGAGCAGAAUUUUCUAGAUUAGUCAUAAGGUAUUUGGAGAUCUCAAUUUGGCAGAUGUCGGUCUCACAUAUAGAGUGGAUUUUACUAUAAGAGUUUGCAUUAAGAGUACAGAAGGCUUGUAUAAAUAUGGGUAAAUUGAAAGGUAGUAAACAGACACCAUUCUUAAAGUGAAAACCAGUUUAAGGUUCUGAAUAAGUCGACCUUUUUGAAGCCUGGGCCUCACUUUGUAUCCAGAUUGUGGGUUAUUUAAAUAACAUAUAGCAGCCACAAAGGCCUUAUUCUGCUUUAUGCCGUACACUUCGGGCCAUUUCGGACUGUUUAAGUAAGGUCCAUCUUUAAGAACCAAUGGGAGUGUCACUGUGACAACUUACAUGAUUUAAACAGACUUUCUUAUUAUCACUUUUGUGAAUAAAUUGGUUUUAGUGAGUGAUUUUGUCUCAUUACUCUUGUAUAAAUAUGCCAUAUUAUCAAAUAAAAGUUAUCUUUAAUUAACCUGUGGACUUUAAAUUAUAAUAUAUCAAGGUUAAAGAGUUCUUCCAUUAUUUUUCUAACACAUAUAAUGAAUUUUAAACUUUAAUUUUAUGCCUCUCUGCAGUAUGAAAUUACCCUUACCCAGGUAUCUCACUCAAUUAUCUACUGAGAUUUUAUCAUCUCCCACUGAAUUAUUAUCUUUCCUGAAUAAUUAAGCAAUUAGCAUAAUCACUACUACAUGCCAGUGUGCCGGGAGGGUAUUUAAAGGCACGCACACACAGUCAAUAUGCAGAAUGUCAUUAGCGGCGACGUAUGGAGUCUGCAAUGAGGUUGCAGGUUAACAAGCGCCGAUUGCCCGCUGGGCGUAGGUGUGCCUAAUUGAGCGUGGCUAUUAGAGCGUGCUGGAAAUGGCCACAGAAGCAGCAUGUGAGCGGAGAUGUGUGUUACUGCAGAGUCAUCUGAGGAGGAGAAGUGUCUCAGGAUGUCCAUAGGAUGCUGGUGUUUUAAUUUGCCCUGCAGAAGUUUUAUUAAAGGGCUGCUCCGUAGUUUUAAGUUUCUGUGAAGUGUGUUAUUCUUACGCUGACAGUCCUGAUUUACUCAUAAUCUCAGCAUGUCAUGAUACUGCUUAUUGCACAUAUACAGUUUGUGUCAGGUAUACUCGACUUUUCCAAAGUGUCAUCUACCCAGGGAGCAUUUUCAGCCACACUGUGCCUCACAUUCACUCGCAAAAGUGUCAUAUGGUGUUUAUUCAGCUUUGCUCGGUGUCUGUAAAUGAAACGCCAUGGUGCGAUUCCUUUGAGGAACAAGUUUUUCCUUUUACCACGGGUUUGAAACACAUGUUCAAGUCUGGAAGUAGUUUGUUAUACGUCCUCAGAGAGGCAGAGUGGCUUUAGUGAUCUAAUGGAGGAAAGUGAAUCACUGUAACUGGUUCCAAGGUUGCAGUACCUGUGAGAAAAUGACGCUGAAGCUUCGGUUGAUGGAAAGUCGAUUGUAAAUAUGCGCAAUUUUGGUCAUUCGAAACAAAAUAAAGCAGCAAAAAUCACCAAAAUCCACACCUCGCAUUGAUUAUCACAGUGAGGUAUUCAUUAAUCUGCAUGGCGCCACAAAUGCACCCUGUUGCCAUUAUUCCAGACCCUAUGAAAGUUGGCACCUUGUCAUUUUUCAAGCCACUCAGCCUCCAAAUCAUGAGCUCCGUGGCCUUUAUCAUCACAGCAGACGAAUGCAUCUGUACCCUUCUUAUCUUGUGUGUUUCAGCAAAUUUAAGCAGAGAGGAAUAAUUAGCAAGAAAACCACAGGUCAGUGCCUCAUCUAAUUAUCAUGCUUCUGUUUCUCCCUCCGUUCAUCUGGCGAGAUAAUGUAGCGUAUCUCAGGUCAGUGCACACGGCUCACACAGCAGUUAUCGUACAGGCUCAUUAUCAGCUACAGCAUGCAAAAACAACGCAAUAGCAGUUUUCGUUUUGCUCGGAGAAGCAGCCAAACUUUAGCCUGUGUCAGCAAAUUAGAUGUGGUACCAAACGCCACAAAGCACGAAUUUUAAAAAAUGCAUCAUGCCACACACUGAGAACCCUUGCUGUGUAGUUUGCAUGCAGGAUGUGUUUUGCAACCCAUAUGGAGAUACUUUACAAGCAACCAUAUCAGCUGGUCGCAUGACAGGGCACCACAUGCAAAGCAAAGUUGCUUGAGGAUCGCAUGUGAAAACUCAAGCAUACAAAACUCAUAUCAGAGGGAUGGGAAUUGGUAUGAUUUAACUGAUACCAAAAACAACAAAACAAGUUUAUAGAUAAGUUUUAUGAUCUUUUCUGUCUGGCGUAACAAGCAAGCUGAUUGCGGAUACAUUUGUUUCAUUGGCUUAUGGACUAAAACAAAGAUGGCCACCUUCAAACCAUAAAUGUAUGCAUAAAUACUUGACGCCUAUCUCUUUAACACAUUAUAAAUAUAUGUAUAAUGCGUUAUACUCAUGUUAUCGCACUGUAUAACUAUAGUUAUAAACACUCAUAAAUGAUCAUAAUGCUUUAUAGCAAUAAUCGUAACACAUUAUAAAGCAUUUUAUCAUGACUUACAAGGUCAGGUAUUCAAAUUUGUUAUUACUGUUAACAACUCACUGAAAAUUCCCACAUAGAUAAAACAUUAUACAGAGAUUUAUGAUGUGUUAUAAUUUGCUCAUAAACUUAUAGAACCAUAAUUAUAAACACUUAUUAAUUAUCACAAGGCUUUAUAACUAUUAGCAUAACACAUUAUAACACCUGACCUUGAAAGUCAUGAGUGGAAGUUCUCAUGACACUGCUUGAUAAUGUGUUAUGAUUAUUGCUAUAAAGCAUUAUGAUCAUUUAUGAGUGUUUAUAACUAUAGUUAUACAGUGUGAUAACAUGAUUAUAACGCAUGAUAAAUAUAUUUAUCAUGCGUUAUAGAGAUAGGCGUCAAGUAAGGUGUUACCCAUAAAUCUUCACAGAUGAUCUUCGUUUUUGAAUGGAAUACCCCUUUAUUGCCAAAACACAGCCGAACUCACGGAGCAAGUGGAUUUUACUGUACAUAUACUUUUACUGUACAUGUACUGUACAUGUUUCAGUACUGAUAUUACGAGCACAACAAUACUAAGUUGUGUGAGACAAAGAUUUGGGCUGUGUCUUAAAUGGAUCCCUUACCCCUAUAUAGGCGACUAUAUGGGGGUUAGCGCCAUUUUGAGGGGUGUCUGAAACCUGAGUGAUCAAUUCCAAUGCCCCAUACAGGCGACUCAAAAUUUCCCAUAGAGCAUUGCAAAAUGUAGCGACCAUCCGAUGGUCACUCACUGGUGGUGGGCAUCCCGUCAUGCACUGCGUCUUGCCAUGUAGUGUCCGAAACCUCCGGUGAUUGAGCUCACUACAUAGUCAGCUAUGUAGUGAAACCCCAUAUGGGAGUUAGGGAUUGAGUGAUUCAUUUUGGACACAGCCAUAGACUGUCGUCUGUCCACCAUGAUUACGUCUGUUGUAGUCAUUUGCACUGAUUUCCUCUUGUCAUUGUUUUAUAAUACAUGUGAGCCUAAGUUGAGGGCAUCAUUAAGAGAACCUUUAAGCAUUGACGGGAAACGAUAUGGAUGGUUUGAGCUAGUUAGAACUGGUUCUGAUCUGGACCUUGUUUCCAAUUACCAUCCCUACCUAAAAUAGAGAACCUUAUCUAGAGCAGGUCACAGCAUGUAACCUCCCAAACGUACACAAGUUUCUCUCUACCUGAAGUAGAUUUUGUACUUGGAACUAUUUAAACUUUAAAAACAGUUUUGGCAGAUGACAAAACAGUACAUUAAUUAUUUUGUGGGUACACUGGUCCUCACGAAGCACUCUGACUUGCAGCUGACAAGCGGUCACUUAAGGAAACACUCAAAGACCUGGAACAGUUUGAUUUGUAAGACAUGUUUGAUUAGAUAAAUUAUAGGUAUAGUACGCUGUUACUCAAAUGAAUAAAUCAUACUCUGAGAGAACAGUCCGAACAAAAAAGGACGUAUGACUGCUUCAUAACUUUGAGCAUGCUGUCUGUUUCUUUCUUUAAAAACACACAAAUGUCUGCAUAAACCUUCACUACACCUGUCCUCUGUCUUCAGUUAGACUCAGACAGCUUCUCUGUCCUAUGAAGAAAACAAACGUAAGGUUUAAGGGGAUUUGACUGAAUGUUAAGCCUUUCUGCCAGCCAGCUGACACAUGACAGGACUUUGAUACAAAACAGUGGUUAAGACCCUUUUAGCCCAUGGAUGACCUCACUAGAAUUUAAGCAUUAAAAAGUGGAGUGCCACAUCCUUUUUAAGUAAAAACCUCUGUGAGGAACUUUAAUAUCUAAAAAAGCUUUGAACGUUACUCUUAGUGAUGUCUACAUUUUGGAACGGCAAAACUUCUUAAUAUCAGUUUCCGACUGUGUGCCAUUCAGAGCUUUUUUUUAACUUUUGCUAUUCUACAACUUCAACAAUCAUGCAAUUUCUUAAUAUUCUUCCUCUUCUUAGUUUUUCUCCUUCAUCUUCAUCUUCUGCAUUUUUUUUUCUUUGUCUUCAUUUUUCUUCUUACUUCAUCUUCUACAUUUUUCUCCUUCGUCUUGUUCAUUUUUCUUCUCCCUUGUGUCUUCAUUUUUCAUUUUUCUUCGUCUUCUUCAAUUUUCUUCUUUGUCUCCAUUUUUCUGUCUUCAUCUUCUUCAUUUUUCUUCUUCGUCUUCUUCAUUUUUCUCCUUCAUUUUUCUUCUUUAUCUUCGUCUUCUUAAUUUUUUUUCUUUUCCGUCUUCAUUUUUCUUCUUCAUUUUUCUCUUUCUUCUUCAUCUUUUUCAUUUUGCUUCUUCUCCGGCUUCUUCAUUUUUGUUCUUCUACGUCUACUUCAUCUUUCAUUUUCUUUGUCUUCAUCUUCGUUUUUCUUCCUCUUCAUCUCCUUCAUUUUGCCUCUUAAUCUUCAUUUUCGUUCUUUUUUGUCUCCGCUUUUUUUCUUCGUCUUCUUCACUUUUCUUCUUCGUCCUCUUUUUUCUCAUCAUCCCAAUUUUUCUUUGUCUUCUUCAUUUUUUUCUUUUUCAUCUACCUUCGUCUUCCUCAUUCUUUAUUCUUCUCCUUCAUUUUUCUUCUUCUUCAUCUUUAUUUUUCUUCGUCUUCUUCAUUUUUCUUCGUCAGCCUCAUUUUUCAUCUUCAUCAUUUUUCUUCUUCUUUGUCUUCUUCUUUCUCAUUCUUCUUCUUCCUCUUCUUCUUCACAUCUUCAACAGUUUUUUCAUUUAUACUGUUUUCCUUUCUGCACUCAGCAUUUCCACACAUGUUCUGAAAGGAAAUGCAAUUUUUCUAGUUUCAGUCAGGAACCCUUACUUCAGGGUUCCAUGUCUAUGUCAGGCUGUGGUGAGGAGAGUAGCAGCAAAGAUCCUCAGGUCCAAAAAGAGCAGGCAUCAGUGGAAGUUCACAUGACACUGGUAGAAUUGGAGAAGCUUGAGUGGAUUUCUUCAGAUGAGUCGAUGGUCUUGUUUGCUUUUGUAGGUCACACAGAGGUAUUCCACCUCAUUUAGUCCGUUUCAUUACCAGCUUAGCGAUACAAAUUUAUGCCUCAUUCUUUCUUGAAUUGCACUGACUUCAUUUACAUACUUUGUAAAUGUCACAAGACACCAUCUGCACUUAAAGGCAGUCCUCAACUUAGCUUUAAGACACUACAUUAAACUUAAAUUAACAGCAUAUACUGAAGCUAAACAGUCCCAAACAAAAUCCCUAUCUCUGCUUCUCUCUCUGACUGACUUGUUUUGCUGCAUCUUCUUUAUAAGCGAAGCUUUAAAUAUAUCUCAGCCUGAGGCAAAAAUCUGCUUCAAGUAGAGAGCCGCAUUCUGUACAUGUCAGUUCACUUAACCUUAAUUCAGUAAACAUUUUCUCCAUCUAUUCCCAUUCAAAUCUGCGUGGCAGCGUUUCGUGACACAUAUACAGUGAAAGCAUGCGAUUACAACGCAUACCAUGGCAGGCACUAAUUAGGUUCUCUGUUAUGAUUAUAUAAUGAAAUGUUUACACUUGAAGCAGGACUUUUUUUUUUAACCUUUAAGAUGAAAAAAUGACAGUUUUAUUUAAAAACACUUGGGGUGGAGUUCAAACUUGUACAGGGAGGCUUUGCAACAAGGGACAAAAACACUGACGUCUUUGUCUAAUUACCACAGGAAACAACCUGAAUGCCAUGCAAUAUUUACACUGAACACCGUGAUUGAUUUUUAAUUCAUAAAGACAGAAAACCUUUGCGCAACAACACCAGCAAGAGACUCUCUUUUUGCCCUGUGAGCCAAACAGCGACAACUUUAAGUACUUGAGAUGUUAUAGAUGGUGUUUUUCCCCCCAUUUUUACACAGAUAUGUUUUCUUUCAUUUUCAUGUCUGACAAGUUGGAACUAUUUCGGCUGUAUUUUCCAGACCAUUUCAUGCAUAUCACUUUUUGCCUUGAUCUGCAGGAAUUUAAGAUAUCCCCACUCGGCUCAGGAGGGGAAAAAAAAAAAAAAGAAUAUCAGAUGAUUGGAAUAGUUUUCUUUUUUCAGUGGCAGUGGUGGUGUGUGUCUGAUAAGAGCUAUAGAGGUUACUGUGGGAACACCCAUCCUUUUCGGGAGAUAAAAUUACCCCCGUCACAGGAAAUUGACUGAGAAGGCAGCUGGAAAUAGCUUUUAAAGUCCUUGGCUGUGGGUCUGCGGAGAAAGAACCUUGAGGAUAAAAGAUUGGAGCUCCUGUGUUUGUGUGUUUGUGUGUGUCUGCCGCUUCAAAUCACAGGUUUUGUUGUGUAUAUGUGGUACUUCGUUUGGUUUAAUCAGCUGUCCUCGGAUUGAAACAUACUGUGGUUGUCAAGCGCCACAUGCACAAUAGAGCCCAGCAUAACGUGUACUGAUAAGCACUAUAUUUACUCUUUUGUCCUCUCGCUGCCUGUCUCAUUCAUCUUUCAUAUCACAAAUAUACUUAUGCCUUUUUUUUCCUUUUCAUAUAGUGCUAGCUGUCAUGGUGACAAUUUGCACCCUUGAAUUUUACCUUGACUUUGAAAAACUUCCAGUUGUAUGAAUCAUUUAAGAGCGAUAGCAACUCAAAAACUUGUCAGUCUGAGUUUUUAAGUUCUUGUUUUGCUGCAGCAAACUUAAGGUGUUCAGUGGAGCUGGUUUGUUAUGAUUUGGUGGCACUUGCCCCCUGGGUGUCCCCCUUUUUUUAAGCAGUGAAAGUGCCCUAUUAAAUACCCCUAAGAUAUGUGAACAUUAUAUGUAAAAUUAUGUUUAAAACAGAGGGGAAAAUGUGAUCAAGUUCCCUUUCAGUGGAGAAAAUGCAAAAAAAUAUUUUCCAGUCUUACCUUUCAGUGGAGAAAUCCCAAAAAAGAACCAACUACAGAGCCCUUUAAGUAGAAGAAAUGACAUAAAAUGCCCUGCGCCCUCUACAACCGCUAUCUUUUGGAGAAAACAAAGUGCGUUCUCAAAGCCCCUUCAGUGGAAAAAAGUCUCAGGAAUCUCCCUCUUUUGGAGAAGCAAUGCUAAUGUGUUUUCUAGAGCCAUUUAAAAGGGAAAUAUAUGACAUAGUGCCUCUCUAGUGGAGAAAACAUGACAAAAUGCCAUUAAGGGUGCCUCUUAGCAGAGAAAACAUUACUUAGGUGCCAUUGAGAGAGACAUUUUUCAUGAUCCCUAUCCAUCAGAGAAAAUAAAGUGCCCUAAAAAGGGCCAAAUGUCCAAAAAAAAAUCCCCUGUCAGUGGAGAAAACAUGAUUAAGUGCCAUUUUAGGGAUCUUUUAGAAGAGAAAAUAUGGAAUCUCAUUCGCUUGUGUAAACAUGAUAAUAUGCUUUCUUAAAUCCGUUAAUCUAUGUCUUAUAGGGUGCCGUCCAGUAGAGAAAAUAUAAUUAAGAGUCAAAUAAGGGUUAGUGCCAUAAAGAAAGGCCCCUUCAGUGGAGAAAAGUGGAUAGCAUGCGAGAGCCAUUUUUCAUGAUCCCUAUCCAUCAGAGAAAAUAAAGUGCCCUAAAAAGGGCCAAAUGUCCAAAAAAAUCCAGUCAGUGGAGAAAACAUGAUUAAGUUCCAUUUUAUGGAUCUUUUAGAAGAGAAAAUAUGGAAUCUCAUUCGCUUGUGCAAACAUGAUAAUAUGCUUUCUUAACCCUUUGAUGCGCAACAUAUCCACACCCCCUCUAAUGCGCAACAUGGGUCUAAAAAGACCCGCAUUCAUUUCCAAUAGUAUUUCAUGCUGGCUGAGUUUUUCUUUGUUCUAUCUUUUGAAAUCAGUUUAUUUUCUGAUUGAAUAUUCCAAGUAUUCUUUAAAUAUCUUGUUUUUGAUCACCACUGAUCAUUAUUUCUAUUUUUCUUUUCAUACUUUAUGAAAUAAUAUAGUUUCUAUAUUAUUACAUCAAGUUUACACACAUGGGUCAAAAACGACCCAUUCAUCCAAGUGUGAUUUAAUAUUAAAUUACCUAACACUAUAUUAAUAAUUUGUGUCAAGUAAUGAAAUUAGCAGUGAGUGGGGCCAAACCAUAGACUGUAUAUACUAUGGACAACUUGGUUCUGCCUACCGCCUGUAUACAGAUUUGAAGCCAAAAAGCUCUCGAUAUUUCCGGGAUUUUUCUACAUUUCUGAAACCAGCACUGCGCAGUAGCGAUGCGCGCAGUCGCCAAGAGUUGCUGUGAUGACGCUCGGCUCAAACAGCGUAUCCCCCGAGUUACACAAUCCCUGAACGCCCAUAGGCUGUAUCAGGUGUAAAUCAUAGCAAACAUGAACCCCUAAUAACUUUUAAAAACGGAGCUGUACAGAAAAAAGAGGACUUGAGCACAAACCAGUCUUACAAUAACUACAUGUCAACAUCACAACCAAGGGGGAGAAACAUUUAUAUUCUGUGUAAUAAAUUUCUAAAGUUUGUCCACAGCCCCAUAAGCUUUGCUGGUGGAGGCGGGAUUUAUACUGCAGCCUCUAAACAGGGGGGUGCUGUUCUCGGAGUAGCUUCACCCAGCAAGGAGGCAGACGCUGUCCAUUCUAUAUACAGUCUAUGGGCCAAACACUUAUGUAUUUUGUAUUAGCAAUAUGUUUAUUUGUCAUUUUGUCACAUACACAUUUGUCUGAUUAUAGCUAUCUGAAAUAACGCUAACUGUUUUACCUGUAACUUUGUAACUUUCCAACAUGUAAUGUCCUCACUCUCAAGGUAACCUAAACCUAAUCAAAUCUUUGUAAAAUUAUCUUUCACAAUUGUCAUCAAAUAAUUUCUAAGAUAAUGUCAGAACAAUUAAAAGACCAUACUUACAUGUAUUAGAUGGUCUUUUCAUGCUAAAUGCUACAGUCACUAUAUGUGGGUCGUUUCUGACCCAUGUAUGUAAACUUGAUGUAGAAAUACAAAAUCUGUGCUUCCUCAUAACAUAAGAAAGAAAAAAUAAAAAUGAUUAUUUGUGCUCAACUAAAACAAGAUCUUUACUGCAUACUUGGAACAGUAAAUGAUAAAAUUAAUUUAUUUCAAAGAUAUACCAUAGAAACACUCAGCCAAACAUGAAAUAACAUUGAAAAUGGAUACGGGUCAUUUUAGACCCAUGUUGUGCAUUAGAGGGGUAGUGAUACAAAAACGUUUUUUAUUCUAAAAGUAAAAAAAGAAAAAUUAACACAAGGAUGUAGGGUCGUCAAAAACAAGUUAAUUGAGGAAUUCAUUGAGUAUCGACUGAUGGAAUUAAUUUAUUGAAAAGAUAUAUAAAAUUUAAACUCAGCCGGGUCUUUUUUGACCCAUGUUGCGCAUCAAAGGGUUAAAUCUGUUAAUCGAUGUCUUAUAGGGUGCCGUCCAGUAGAGAAAAUAUAAUGAAGAGUCAAAUAAGGGUUAGUAAAGUAAAGAAAGGCCCCUUCAGUGGAGAAAAGUGGAUAGCAAGCCAUAUGUGAAUGCAACUGGUAUCCUUGACCGUUUUGUACCUCUUUCCUUCUUAUAGUUUUAGUAUGUAGUAAGAAACAUCCAAAAACAGGUUGAUCUACAACUUUUAUCGAGCUUUUACUGUUAUAAUAAAAGACUUUAACUACUUUUCCUGAUCACACAGGGGCAGCAGAGAGCAGCUGUAAACACAACAGUGACAUAAUUUCACCUAAAAAAGCCAUGCGCCUGGUUACGCCUUCAAUCACUGUCAGAUAUUAUCACUCUUAUAGCUCUGGUUUAUGUCCCACCAUCAGCUCCUUCACUGUGAAUAUUUUUGCCUUGUUGGCCUGAUUGUUGCAGACAAUAAGAAAAAUGAUGAUGGCUGCUAAACAGUUUCCCCGGCACAUUGUGUCUUUCCUUGGACCACUACCUCGUAAAUUUACGUCGUUUUUCAUGUCCACCCUCGCUGGUUUUGUAUUUCAUCAGGGUGUCUACAGUUUCCGUGAUUGUUCUAACACACGUACAAUGAAGCGAGACUGAAGGAAAGCAUCACCACUCCAACUAUUAAGCCAAGUAUAGUGAUUUUUGUCCCUUUUUUUUUUUAAGAGACCCAGCUGUUUACCUGCUUCUCUCCUCAGCUGAAGUGAAUAAGAUCCAUUAUCUGAGAAUUUACACUUCAUUGUGCAGCUCUCUUCUGUGUAGUCUCUCUCCGUACUGAGUGUUCCUUUUGCUCGGGGCCUUCUGGUCUCUCAAUCAAACACAAACACAAUCGCACACAUUCCAUCCUUCCCCAAUUUCCCUCAGUACAAUUGUCCUUCCUCGCUUUCUUUCUCUUUUUGUUCUCUCUGGUGUGCAGAAGUCAUCUCUGUUACUCGCAGAGUGAUACAAACACAUCGUUACCGAUUUACAGAGAAGAACAAAAGUGAAAAGCUGAAUGUCAUGAAAACAGAUUCCCUCGCUCACACAAAUAUAAAGCACCCGGUAAAAUGAUGACAUGGCACUCAGAGAUAAAAUCAAAGUAGAGAUGGUAGUUAAAUCGCUUCCUUUCUGUCUCACUGUUUUGCUUUUUCUCAGGCUUUCCCCACUCUAAUUUAUGUCCUUUGUGGCCACCUUCCUCUACUUUCAGGUUCUUCUGAUUGCUCAAACACACACCCUUAAGUACUUUUGCAACAAGCAGAAGAAUGAAGUGAAACUCUGGCAGCUUGUCGAGAAAUCCUGAGAACACAAUCCUGCUCAGUGUCACCAUAAAUCUCGUAACAGUGUAGCUCCCAGGAAAAAGUUUUCAGUACAGUUCCCUACCUGUCUCUAGUUAAGGUUCAGAGUGUGUGUGAUCCCUUUGCUUUAGAUUAUCGGCACUGCUUUGGGGUGGUUAAGCUCCCCCGUCCUGAAAACGCCCAAGUACGCUCGAUAUGCUGAUGACAAUGAGGUUUACAUGUUUGAAAGGAGAAGAAAAGGAUGCAAAAGUAGCACAUUGAGGGAUUUAGAUCUGUUAAACUCAGAUUUUUACACGGAGAAUGUGACAUUUGGUGGUGAAAAAGAAUAUGCAAAGUUUGCAUUAGUGUCAAAUGUGGAUUCUGUCUGAUUUUGGGAGACGCUGUGGGGGGAUACAAGCUGAGUGUGCAGCAGCAGAAAAGCUUUCCACUUGAUUAUAAGCAGAUGGAACCCACAUUUCUUUUGUAAAAACACUCCAUUAGCUGACUGAAUCAAUCUUUUUUUAGGAGAUAUUUACAUUUGAGGCAAUUUUGCACUUUGUCUCAUCUAUCGCAGCUGAGUCAAAGGAAAAAAUUCCCUGCUACUAGGUGGCCGUAAACGCCAUCUUCUCUCAGUGUUUCCAUGCUUGUAUUAUUUUUUGGUUAAAAGUAGAAGAGGACCACUCACAAGUAAGCUAAAAAUUGCACUUUUGCGACCUCCGGUGGACACCUCUGCUGGCUGUAUUCCUAAAAAAUGUUCUCCUAUGUGUCAAUAUGCUGUGUCAUCACAGUUGACCAGGCAAGAAACAAAGAGGUGGAGUUUAGCUGACAACUAAGCCCCUGUCAGAUAAGACAGCCAUGCUCGAUAUCAUGCCGAAUUAUAAAUAAAUCAUUGCUCUGUUGUCUUCCACCAAAUGUUAAUGGUAUAUCAUCACAGAAAUGGGUAGGUUUCAACACUACCACAUUGGCUCUAUGUUUUUUAAUAUCAGAAGUUGCUGUUUGGCCACCCUAGAAUAAGUCAGUGCCACCCAAGUUUGAAAUAUCUGGGCACACCCCUGUUGUAUGAACUAUUUGGCUACCAAACAUACAGAUAAAAUAUAAGUCUCUCUUAAGACUUAGAACUCCGCUGGAUCGCAGGCGAUCCCACGUGGCACCAUUAAUAUUAUUUACAGUUUCUCGGGAACUAUACCGUGUAUCUCUAUGGGAUAAAAAUUGUUCAAAAGUGUAUGCUUUUGGCGAUCUAUCGAGGGUUUCCAGGCAUUUCUACACCUCCCAUAAGGUUUACAAUCCAGCCACAAAAAUAGGUGUUUGAUCGAAGAUGUUUGAUGGUAAAUCCGCGGUGAAAUACUGGUGAAAACAUGAUUAUUUAUCAUAUUGUUAUGUAAAAAAAAAAAGAGUUUGCUAUUGCUACAUGCCGCUAAUAUCUUCUAGGUUUGACAAACUGUUUUGAUGACUUCAUUUUCUGUCAAACUUUCGACCAAUUACAUGGUCUUAUAUUCUUCUUCUAUUGUUCCCUUGAUUGUAGUGACCAAUAAGAUCAGUGUCCAAAGAUCAACAAGAGACAAGAAAGUUCCCUGCUUGUCUGCAAAAUUAGAAACAAUGGUCCUCAAUGUUUGGAAACAAGCAAAGAAGAGAUUAUGAGCAGUAUGAUGUGGCCCUCUGUUUCAUCCCAGACAGGAACUGUUUCAAGGAGUGGCACAAACUACUGGAAAUAGUAAAAAACGCCUGGAAGAAUUAGUGUAAAUAUGUAAAUAGUUUCUGUUGUGUUUGUUCCAAUCCAAAUUUUUCUUCUCCUGAUAGCCAAGACUUGAGAGAAUGAUGUGAAGGUGAGGAAAGGCUUGGUUACUGUAGAUUUGUGUGUUUUUGAGAAAAGUACUGUUGGAAUCAAUUUCCGUUUUUGUUUUUUGGUUGACUUUGAUGGUUCUGAAUCUACUGUCACAUUCAUUUUACAUAAUUUUUUCACCCAUAAACUGACACCCGAAAAAGAUGUGUAUAUAUUUGCUGUGCUUGAAAGGAUAGAGUUGCUACGUAGAUUAAAGAAAAAAAAACAGGCUGACCAAAUAUCGCAAAAUAUAGCUGGGACUUCUAAGGGUUAAUGAACUACAUAAAGAACUGCAGCUAUCAAAUGUGAAACUGUUCAUGUCGAAAUAGAUAUUUUGAUGCUUGUAAAUAGUGCCUCUGUGUAGGUUUUAGACCAAAAGUAUGCAAAUGAUCAAUCUUCGUAAAGAGUAUUUAUCCACUUUCUCACAGUUCAUGUACUCGUUAAAGAUUUUAAACUAAUGAAGUCCCACAUUAAGUGUAUUGAAAUGCAUUGGCUUACGGUGAGUCUAAAAAAAUUCAUCAGGAUCAAUGUGACUCAGUCCAGAGCAGUGAUUAAUUCUGCACUGACACUGUUUUUGUUUUCUCGUGUGUGUGAGUGUGAGUGUUGGUUUCGGGGGGGGGUUGGACGGGAAGCAAAACACACAAAAAAAAAGAGGCUUGAGAGAAACGGCGGAAAAACAAGCAGAAUGAUUGACAGAUGAUCAGCAUGACGGGCAGGCUGUCUGUUUGGCUCAGGGAGAUUUAUUCUGGUUGGCAGCGUGGAUGUUGUGGGUGAGGGUUAACCCCUUUGUGUCCAGAUCCGACCACACACACAGACACCACAUACUCACACUGACACUCACAGGCCUUUACACUGACAGCAUGGUGAUUUUAAAUCCCUGGACUCUGCUAUGUUGUUCUCCUGCAUCUUAUCAGCGUGUUUUACAUGUACUAAAAAUUGCGUUUAUGCUUGUUUUCUGCUCUGUUAUUACAAAUGUCAUCCUCUUGGCUUUUAAGCAUGCAUGCCUGUACUUGCAGACUUAUUUUGAUUCUUUAUGUUCUUGUAAGAGGUUUAUUUUAUAUUCAUCUCUCCUUAUGAUAACAGCAGCCGUAGCAUUACACUCCUCUGAGGGUAGACCUUCUUUUGCUUUUGUGUGUCAUGGGCGUAUUAAGGCCAUCCAUUAAGCCUCUAGUGUCAUGAAAGCGCACACACACAAAAACACACAAAUCCCGCCAUCUUUGUGUGCUUAUACUGUCGCUGUUUAUUCAAUAUUUCCUCUUGGGAGCGUCAUUUUAAUCCUCAGUGUAGAUCCAGAACUUGGAUUUGUUGAAAAUGCUUCAAAAACUGCAAAACAGCACCUUUAGCCUGUUGAUUUUAUUUGUUGAGGUCUCUUCAGAAAGCUUUUUUUAAGUUCCCCUGAAAGCUAUACCUUUGACAUUUUCUGUAUUGCACUUUCCACCGCUUUCGAGACGUGUAAGAAACCCCAGCAUUUGCCGAGUCAGAGCUUAAAUUCAGCCAGAAAACAGUUUCGAACGGGACAGUGGAGACGUAGCAUCAGAGCGGCUUAAGCACGCUCCGUUUGGCAAUAAUAUGAUGGUCUUGGAAGUAAAGGAGACAGCUUGAGGCGGGGGGGGGGGGGAUAAAAAAAAAGGGAAAAAAAGAGAGGGGAAAACAAGGGGGAGGGAAGGAGAGAGAAAAAACAGGGAGGGGACAGAGCUGACGUCCCGUCACCUGUUUGCCGGUUCGUUAGCCGAAAGCGCUACUGCUGCUACUGCUACCGCCGCUGCUGCUGCUGCUGCUGCUGCUCCGGAUUCGUGCUCUCAUAGGGGAAAAGCUUUUGAUGCCUAAUUUGCCGCUUGGCCGGGUUUGCGCAUGGCUUGGUGCUCAGUGGAGUGGCUGUCCCGGUCACAUCCUCUCCUAGAGUAGAAUCCUCGGUUGGAGGCUCAGACGGGGCAGGAUGAGGAGGCAGUACAGGGAUGAGGGGUAUCACCCGCGCUCAGAGGUACGUGAACCCUGAAGACGCUGAUUUGAAAACUCCUGGGGUCUCUUGUGGAGAUGGUUUGAGACAAAAUGUUGCUUUUCUUUGAUGGUUUUUGAAGAAUCUUUAUGAGGAAUUUAACACCUCUUCCUCAUCGUGCUGUUUUUCUUCCUUACUUUUACUUUUACAACUUUGUUCGUGUUAUUCAGCAUCAAGCCUGAGGUUGUCACGAAACUUCUGUCACUCGCUCAUGCGGAGGGACCUUGGUGGAGAAAUCUCUUGCAUUUUAAUCCUUCUUUGACUCACAGCUAAUCCUUUCUCCUCUGUUUCUGUGCUAAUUUUCCUCCGACUACUUCAGUUUCAUUUCUCACUUCUUCCCUGUUUUCUCUCUUAUGUUUUUGCUACAGCAAGCCUUGGACUCCAACCUGAGCAACCUGAUCAAGAGGAACAACGAGCUGGAGUCCCUCAUGGGGAAACUGAUCCAGACUUGUCAACAUGUAGAGGUGAGUCAUUUUAAUGUUCCUUUUGGGCUCAAAAUGACCUAAAAAUUAUUCUAAUUCUGAAUUUACAGUUCUCUGUUGACCUGCUUUGGUGAAAUAUAAUCUCUCUGUAUAUGCAAAUAAGAUUAGUCAUGUUUUCUGCAUGUUGCAGCUUAAAAAUAUGGUAAAAAUUGUGCAUUAAUCAAAUCUGAUUUGAAGGUUUUAUAUGUAAAUUUGUUAGUAUCAAAGUAAGCUUUCUCUUGACUGGUGAGUUAGCAACUGACCAAUUGCUUAUGAUAUUUAUAUCUUCACUCAUGAUUGAGAAGAUUGUUUGUUAGCUUAGCAUGUUGCUAAGAUUAGCAAAAACAAAGGUUGAAAAAGAAAAGUUUGUUUUUUUUUUUUUCCAUUUAUUUUUUCUCUGUCAUUGUAGAUUAUUGAAUUUUUAAACAAUGUUGCUGGACUAUAAGCAAACAAGAUGAUGCCAGGGCAAAUUUUUCCUGUUUUGUAAUUUUUUUAUUUCAUUUUAUGAAUGCUGCUACUGCGACCAUCUGAUGACAUUUGAAAUUCAAAAAAAAAAAAAAAAAACUUUUUUUUUGUUAAAUCAUAAUUAAAACCGCGGUCAACCAAAUCCCAAACUGUCCAAACACAAAUUAUGAAACACAAAUUUCAAUUUUGUGGCCCUCUUUUUAUUCCAAAUGUCACCAGAGGGCUUCCAUAGCUCUAAAUAUGAUUAUCAUUUCAACAUAAUUGUUAAAAAUGUCUGGAGUUUUAAUGCUUUCAUGUCAAAAUUAUUACAUUUCUGCCUGCAUAAGGUCUUUUGUUUACAUGCACUGAUAAUGCUAGGACUUAUACGAUUCCAAAGUUUUGAACUUACGAUUAUUCAAACUAGUUAUUUAAUAAUAAAUCAAAAAAUUAAUGUAACUAUUAUAGUAGAAUAUAUUAUUUUGAAUCACAGAUUUGAUUAAAGAAAAGGCGAACAUUGGUGCAGGUUAUCAGUUAAACAGGUUCCCCCCCAUGAAAUCCAGAAAUAGAGAAUAUUGCAGAGACUUCUGCUGUGAACAAGUUUUGAAUGGACCUCCUUUUUGUGCUAAAAGUGCUGAUAAAGUAGCUAAUUUUGUGGCAGAAAUACACUCCCACUCCUCUUUUUCAUGCUUCUGAGCCGUUGGAUCAGCUGAAACCGUUUAGCUUGAAUUCAAAGCUGAGAGUUUGACUUCUCUUGACAGCUUAAUUCGUGUCAAAAGUCGUGUGCGUCUUUUUGCAAUUACUCAACAUCUGGUCUUCUCUUCAUGUUUAUCAUUAAAAUAAUUACUGUGUGUGAAUGCCUGUGUGCAGGGCAAUUCUGCUGCUAAGCCUGCCUGUUCAUCUAGCGCCUGGCCCACUAAGAAGCUUUAAAUAAAGCAAUGCCACAGGGUUAAAAAGGCUGCGACAUCUUGCUUUCGAAAUAAUGGAGAGCAGCCUCUCUGGCUGGCAAACCUUCACAAACUGCAAGGAAAGAGGAUUGUGAUUUACUUAGGAGAUUUACUUUUUAUUUAUUUAUUUCUCUGCCAGAGUGCUGUGUGUGUGUGUGUGUGUGUGUGUGUGUGUGUGUGUGUGUGUGUGUGUGUGUGUGCUGCGUUGCCAUCACGUUAAGAUGUUUGCUAGGAGCUUAGCUGGAGGGGAAAUUUUGAUGAUGCAGGAAUUUUAAACUGGGAAGAAACACUCGACCUCUUCGAUCCCCUUGAUUAUUAAGAAAGGAACCAAGAAAAAGAAAACAAAAACACUUUCAAAAACAUGAAUAAAUCAAUAAUGCAUACAUGAAUGAACAGGAAAAUGCUUGACCUAUUUCUUUGCAGUGCAUUAUGAUCUCAACUUUACCCACAGUGUUCAUCAGAGAUAACACGUUGUCUGUAGGUGGGGAAAGUCACACGCAGGGGAAGCAGUACUUUCACGCAAAUAUACAUGCACAUUCAGCUCGCCAUGAGGCGUGAAGUGACAGUGCUAAAAAAAAAAUAAGGUCAUGCAGAAAAGAGCACUACACCGGCUACUUUGUCUUUCAAAAUGAAUAUUUCACAUCAGAUUAAUCUGCACUGAAGCUUUUAGGGAGAUGGCUUCUGGGGAUUUCUGACACAUCCGAAGCUCCAGACUUCGUUCAAAGCUGGCGAGAUGUUUUAAAAAGUACAGCAAUUUAAGUUCUUCCUUUGACAAAUUCAAAGCGGCGUAACAGGCAUCCUACCUCAUCUGUGUGAUGAGGAUUUUAUCUGCUGCCAGGGUUAAUGGGGGCAUAAAAAGUUGCCAGUGGUCAUCCAAAAAAGGACGCCUACGAUAAAACUUUCUCUUAAACUGUGCCAACAAUUUAACACAAUGAGGUGCACCACAUCAAACCAAAUAUUUGGACCUCUGUGAAGGUCCUUAGACACCGGGACAAACGCAAAUAUACAACACAAAAUAAAGAUAUAUUCAGAGGCGAAUUUUGACGCGCCUGACUAUACACAUCAAGCCUGAUGCAAUUUUGCGAGUUUCUGGGGGGAAAAAAAGGCGCGUCCCAGGUGGAAGCAAGAAGACUGACACAACAGCAGACUGACUGUUUUUCAGUUCUGAUUAGACUCUAGUGUUGAGAUGUCUGUCUGUCAUGAUAGCAUGUACUGAGUCGGGGCCAGUACCAGAUAAACACAUUAAACUAUAAUCCAUAAACGUAAGGUAACAACCGAGACCUAAUGGUGCUGUGACAGCAACGCCAUUGAGUUUGAGACAGUGAAUAUACAUAUGGUAUGUUGUAUCUGAACAGGCUAGCUUAUGAGCUAAAGUUACUUAGCACAGAUGAAAGUUAAAACAAAGACAUUUAGCAAACUGUUAAAGCACACAAACCAUCGUCAUAUGAGAAGUCAGACGCUAUGACUCUCCACAAGUUGUCCUUCAGGUCGUUAUCUUUGUAAUGUUUGUGUUUUUUUAUCAAAAAGCACUCUGUUCUCCGACACGUAAACAAACAGCCGGUCGGCCAUGUUGGAUAUACCGGUGAAUCUGAAGUCGCAACAACACGCAAUCUGAUUGGUCAGAAGUGGACACACAGUAUGCAAAACUUUAGAAAAAUCGACGGUGAUAGGAAAAAAAUAAUUCCGCAAUAUCCCAGGAUGGGAAAACGCCGCUGAUGUGAACACUUGUAUUGACAGGAAACGAGUUCAAAAAAAAUAUUGACGUCCGAAAUAAUCGCACGAAAAAAAACGCUCCCGGUGUAAAAAGCUAACAAGAUGCUAUUGUUGGUAUAAUCCUUGAAAAAUCAGAGGAACCCAUGUUUUAUUACGUCACACAAAUCUGCAGUGUAGCUUCACCUCCUUUACUGAAAGCUGAACCUUCUAAAAGUUUGCAUAUCCCUCAGGAUUGACUCAUUUCUGUAUUCAUGCAUGUGUGUGUGUUUUUUUCUGUGCUAAAUGAGUCACUCAGUGUCCCUGCCAGGGUACAAUCUGUCAGUCUGAUCACAGGCUCCAGAGGCCCCUGCCCACAGUCAUUAGAUGUUCCACAUCUUUCCGUGCCUUAUGUACUCUGGUCACAAACUCUCUCUUUGUCAGUGUGUUGCGGCGCUUUUGAAUUUUAACCCGAUUUCUUAAAAGUCUACCUCCUUACACAAAAUGAUCAUUACAGUGUUUUGGCUGCAAUUUUCAAUCAUUAUCCCUCAUCCAAAAGAGAUGGAACACUCUGUAAAAUGUUAAUAGAACAGAUGCUGAUGGUUUGCAAUUCAUUAAAACUCCAUUUUCAAUUUAAUUAUUAAAGGUUGAAUCUGAAAAGUGUUAUUUUUCUAUGAAACUAUAAGCUUAUUUGAAAUGUGAUGCUAGCUAAAGUCGUGACUGGGAUGAUUUAUGCUCACGGUCAGUGAUUUUUGGAUGUGAAUUUGAGCUCAUGCAGUGAGUUCCACUUCAGAGUCAUGUCUGUUUUUAAAGCAGGGCCAUCUGAGGGCUCAAAAUUCAUGGGCACAAUAUGAUCUAAAUCUAUUACAGAUAUUAAUGUAUUUUCACACCCAGGAAUACUAUUUUGAGAUUUAUUAGCUAUUUACUUUACUAUUUACUUCUGCAGUCUUGCACAAAGUGGCAAAUCUCAAAUCUUUCUUCUACCUUGUCAUGCGUUUACCCUUUUGCAAAUCAACCUAAUUAGAUGGGAAUGUCCCUUUAUGUGCUUUUUGGGACAUCUGUGCAACUUUUUCAGAGUUUUGUUGUCCCUAUUUAAACAUUUUUCAACUUUCAAGCGCAUAUUUCUUUCAUAAAAUAUGAACUCUACUCACUAAUAUGCACAAAGCUGGAAGUGGAGUGAUGACAGCCAAUGUGGGGGUAAUUGGUGUUUGUCUGCUGCAAACUUGUAGGCGGCUUUCAGGUCGAGAGAGCAAUAUUUCAGCUCUAGAUCUUUAUUUGAAAUGAGUUUUUGAUAUUUACAGCCAUUAAAAGUCAGAGAGAGCAAAUCAGAGCUUUUACAAAAACCCAAUGAACAAUUGCAGCCAAGAGCAAAAACCUCAAACUUUCAUUAGUGUUCCACUAAAGUGCUUCUUUGUGGUUGGAAAAAGUCGUUGGCCUGAAUGAAGCAUUGUAAACACAAGUGAGAUUGCAAAAAUAUGGAGAAUAACAAAAGACGUGGCUGCAAAAACAUGCACUUUAGCAUGCGGUUUUGGCAUCUAAUUUCAGGGGAGCUUCAACCCCAACAUCCGAUUGUUUACAUCUCUACUGGCGUGCUAAUUGGUGCACAAAAUGCCACAAAACCAUCCCAUAAAAAAAAGUUUUUCAAACAGUAUGCAGUUAAAUCUCCCCGAGCUGUCAAAAGAGCUAAUUAGCAGAGUCGAAAAGACAGAUGCACCCAUCCCGUGUACAGCAGGGUUUAAGCGUUCAGAUUAGCAUGUUUCACACAAAACACAGGAUAUAAUCCAGGUGGCAAAUUGUGUCUGUUGGCAACACUUUCGUGGAAAAAAUCAAAUAAAUGCAGUUUCAGGCGGCAAGUGGAGGAAAUCGAGGAAGUCCUUCCAAGCUCUGGUAGGCUCUAGGGAAAAAGAGUGAAUGACUCCCGAUGAUGUCAUUAAUGAAACACCUGUCAACAUGCGUGUGUGUGUAAAAGGCGAGUGUAAGUGUGUUUGAAUAACUGUGCAAUCUCCUCUUGGCUUGGCAACACUCACAGCGGACUUCCUCUUUCAUUGCUCCCUCUGCUAUCGCUCUGCUGCAGCGAGAAAACGCUUUACAAGGUGCUGAAAGGGCCACUAGGAAAUGACCACAAUGAGGAAUUACACAUUAUGUAACGGCCCGCAGGAUCAUAAUUGGACUUGAACAACUUUUAUAGCCGCUCGGGCUGUAAAGCUUCCAACUGGAAGGAGAGUCGAAUGCAUUGGGAGAGUUCGGUUGUAGCUGGAUGUCAUUUUUUUCUCCUAAGACCCUGCAUGGCAGGGCGCUGCAGUUUAAUCAGCAGCAUCAGUGGCGUUUUACGAAACACCUUCCAGCUUAAUUAAAUAGCUGAUUUAAGGUUUAAUUGUCAGUGGCGGGUUUUACACCAAGCAGAUGUUUGAAUCCAAAGUCAGAAAAACUUUCAAAUUAAAGGUGGGGUAGGCAGGAUCUGAGGAAGUGCCAGUUUUUGGGAGAAAUCUUGAAUGUAAACACAGCUCCUCCUCUCCCCUCCCUCUCUGAUCCAGCAAGCCCCGCCCACAAACAGACGCUCCUGCUUGCUCAUAUCAUUUCAAUUGAAUUCAGAUAUAAUGAAGAUAAAUACUUCAGAUAAUUACAAAUGGGGCCCAGUCAAUGUGAAAGUAAAAAGUAUUGGUGCUACUGUAGAUGCCAACAGACUACCAGCAAACACAAUGUUUGCAGGACUUUCAAAACUAGGAUAAAGUGACAUAGUCCAGGACCCGAGGUAAACAUUUUAGUGGCGCCACAACACGCAGCAGGUCCCGUUUGACAAGAAACACUUUUCUUACACUUGGCUUAGUUUGUUAAAGCGGUUUACCUGUCCAGCAGAAAGGUUACAGGGUCCUGAAGCAUCCCCCAUCAUUAUUGACCCGACUUCUUAGCUCUUGUCCGGUCUACCUCCGUUCUAAGCGGCCGUUAUUCCGCCAGAGUCUUCAGUAUUUACUUUGUUUUAUUGCUUAUGUUUUCCAUGCUUUCUGGUUGAUUUAUACUGUUUACAGUCAGACAGAACGGGCCGCUCAAAAAUUUUAAAAUGUUGACUACACAGACUUAACAAAACACAGCGAUAUCAUUACAUUACCAAAUGUCAUCAAUAACUAAUUGAUAUUGACUGAUAUUAAAAGGUUUUUUGUAUAUAAACCACAAAAAAAGAUGCUUCUUUAACGGAUUCCUGCUUACCCCACCUUUAAGGCAAGAAAGCUCAGUUUCAAACUGAGUGAUUCGUCUAAAUGGUCACCAUUGAAGGAAACAAUAAUAUGCUUAACCCUACAGAGAAAUAAGCAAGUUUUAUAACUCUAGUUUUGACAUCUUCCAAGGCUAAUUUACUUAAUUCAAUUAUUGGACUUUUUAAUGAAUCUAUUUUAGGAGUUAAGUACAAUGUUCCUAAAGUGGUAUUGGGUUGAUAUGGUGUACUUCAAAGGGGCUUAUUUCCAACUCUAUCCCCAGUGUCUAGCCCUCCAGAAUAUCGCUAAGUGUCAUGUCUGCUUUCAAACAGCCGCAGGGCUUCCUGCUUAUUUCGCUUGUCAGUCAGCACUCAAGCCAGCAGGAGGCAAAGUGCCUGAAUAUGCCUCAUCUUCCUCAAGUGUCUGCCUCAGACAGGAGGGACGGCUGAUGGAUGAAAAUGACAUCCUGUCCCGCAGUCGGCAUGAUGUGGAGCCUUUAAACAUAUAUCCCUGCAUGUCCUCCACCCCCAGCCCUCAUCCAUCCAUCCAUCCAUCUCUUUGUUCAUCUCACAGUCUCUUUGAAUUGGUUCUCAGGUGAACGCAUCCCGUCAGGAGGGCAAGCUCAUGGAGGAGUGCGAUGUCCUGAUUGAAAUCAUUCAGCAGAGGAGGCAGAUCAUUGGCAGCAAGAUCAAGGAGGGGAAGGUGAGUUGAGCACUCAAAGGGGUGAGGAGCAUGACAGGAGAUGCGAUUUAUUUCUCUUCGCCAGUUUUUAUAGCCAUCUUUCACUCAACAUCCUUGCACUUUCUCACACCCCCAACAGAGAUCCACAUUUUUUAUUUAUUUAUUUUUUCAGGAGAGCCAAAAGUUACUGACGGAAGCUCUUUGCUGGUUAUGUUCAGCCACAAAAAGCAAAUUGACAUUUUUUUCCGACGCUAAAUGUACUUUAAACCAUAUUUGGGUUUUAAAACACAGUUUCACUGGAAUCAUUUUUAUUUGGCAUGUUUUACUGGCAUGGGAAAAACAUAUGUUACAAUCCAACUCUAUGCUGCCGAAUGUAGUGUGCAUUGUGAUUUUCUUCAGUAUAAAUUUCUAAGCAUGUAGAUUGUGGUUGGUUUUUCUAAAUGUUUUUAUUUAUCCCGUUUCUGGCUGCAGUUGAGUAUGUUUAGCACUUAAGCAUCAUGUUAGGUAGCGUCACAUAAAAUGGCAUCACUUAAAGUAACGCUACUUAAAGCAAAAUAUUAAAAAAGUUAAAUCACGUCAUGUCACGUAACCUAACAUCAAGUAAUGUCAGUUGGAGUAACAUCACUUGAAAGUGACGUAGCAUCACCUAAAGAAGUGUAGCGUCGUGUUAAGUAGUGUAGCAUCAAGUACAAUAGCGUAGCAUCUCAUAAAGUAGUGUGGCAUCAUGUAAAGUAGUGUAGCAUCAUGUAUUGUAGCACAGCAUGAUGUAAAGUAGUGUAGCAUCAUGUAAAAUGGUGUAGCAUCAUGUAAAGUAGUGUAGCAUCAUGUAAAAUGGUGUAGCAUCAUGUAAAGUAGUGUAGCAUCACGUAUAGUGUGGCAUCAUGUAAAGUAGUGUAGCAUCAUGUAUUGUAGCACAGCAUGAUGUAAAGUAGUGUAGCAUCAUGUAAAAUGGUGUAGCAUCAUGUAAAGUAGUGUAGCAUCAUGUAAAAUGGUGUAGCAUCAUGUAAAGUAGUGUAGCAUCACGUAUAGUGUGGCAUCAUGUAAAGUAGUGUAGCAUCAUAUAAAGUAGUGUAGCAUCAUCUAAAGUAGCAUCAUGUAAAGUAGUGUAGCAUCAUAUAAAGUAGCAUCAUGUAAAGUAGUGUAGCAUCAUGUAAAGUAGUGUAGCAUCAUCUAAAGUAGCAUCAUGUAAAGUAGUGUAGCAUCAUCUAAAGUAGCAUCAUGUAAAGUAGUGUAGCAUCAUCUAAAGUAGCAUCACGUAAAGUAGUGUGGCAUCAUGUAAAGUAGUGUAGCAUCAUAUAAAGUAGCAUCAUGUAAAGUAGUGUAGCAUCAUCUAAAGUAGCAUCAUGUAAAGUAGUGUAGCAUCACGUCAAGUAGUGUAGCAUCACGUCAAGUAGUGUAGCAUCAUGUAAUGUAGCGUAGCAUCAUGUAAAGUAGCAUCAUGUAAAGUAGUGUAGCAUCAUGUAAAGUAGCAUCAUGUAAAGUAGUGUAGCAUCAUGUAAAGUAGCGUAGCAUCAUGUAAAGUAGGGUAGCAUCAUGUAAAGUAGCAUCAUGCAAAGUAACAUAGCAUCACGCAAAGUAGUGUAGCAUUAUGUAAAGUAGUGUAGCAUCAUGUAAAAAAGCGUAGUAUCACUUUUACUAAUGCAGCAUCACGUAAAAUAGCGUAGCAUCACGCAAACUAACCUAGCAUCAUGUCAUGUAACGUAGCAACACCCAAAGUAGCGUUGUAAUAAAUAAACUUGAUAAAAAAACUUAAACCCGAUGUUGCAUCAUGUGAUGUGAUGUCACAUCUUACCAAAUCAUGUUCAAAACGCCACGUAAUGCCACACAACACUAUGCAGUGUUACACUUUGCUAAGAAACACAACACAAUGCUAGCUAUUGCAAUGUAGCAUUACAUAACGCAUUGUAUCAUACUUAUGCUGCACCAAAUCAUACUGUAUCAUACAGGUUAAAAUGGUUCCUUUACUUCACAAAUGAAUCUGUGAACACGCUCUCUGCAGCCUUAGUUUUCUACACUGAUGUAUAUUAAAUUACGAACCAAUCAACUCUCUUAGUAUCUGUGCAGCUGGGUGACAAGCAUUAAAAAUCCAAAGCUUUUUAUCACUUCAGCCAAAUUGACUUUCAAUGCCUCCAUUUUGUGACAAAUGUAUUACUCUCAGCCAUCUGACUUGAUCCUAACAUGGUGAGCAGACGGCAAACUGCUCAUCUUCCUAAAUUGCAGACCCUUUGACACAUCCUGAACAGACGGGGAAAACAGUCUGACUUGCCAGGAGUAGAUCCCAGAGCAUAUGGGAGGACGCGCUACUAGUACUCUUAACCCAAAUGAUUUUUUUCAAAUCUGUGCCUAAUGAGAACGGGAGAAUACUGGAGAUUUUUUUUAUCACCCUGUAAUGUUGGCUUUUAGCUUUUAGGAUGCAUCAGAGAAGAUAAAAAGAUAUUUAUUUCCAAGCCAACAAAUUUAUACAAAUUGCUUUCGGUUGAGUGCCGAAUCAUUAUCAUUAAAAACAGAAAAUACUCUUUUCUGAGAACAGAUUUCAGCUUGCAGUCUGCUUUACGUUCCCACUUUUAAACAGGGUGAUGACUUAGCAAUUUUCGAAGGGAUUUAAACUGAGAUUACAUUGUUUGGGUUUCUUUACAAGCCAAAGUCCUGAUGAAAUAUACUUCGACCUCAAUCCAGCCACUGACCUCAAUCUGUCUCUAAAAAUCUCUGCUCGCAGCGUGGGGAGAGGGAAUGAAACUAAGGGGGAAACAGGAGGAAAAUAAAUCCUGAUUUUCUUCCAAUAGAGUCAUGGAGAUACCUCGAAAGGUUAAGCACAAUAAUGGGAGGGGCUUAAAUCAUGAUCUUCUGCCUGUCAUUUUCUUUUGUGAUGGAAAGCUUUGUGAUACAGUCACAAAUAUCUCCAUUUAUUUGGGAUACAGCAUUAAAAAAUCAACAUAAAAGGGUCUAAAAUCAUCCGUUUUUUUAGAUGUGACAGUAGAUGACAAUGUGGUUGCUUGGAUAUGUCAUAACCGGCAUUUUAAGCCCUCAAAUAUAAAAAUGUUGAUGGUGAUGAAGGUCAACAAAACAUGCACAUCGCAAGUGUAAACAGCUUUGAAUAAAGGUCACAUGGUGUGACUUUUUGGUUUUCUGAGCUUGGUGUUAGUUCAGGCAGGCCACAAGUCAAGCUAAGGUUAAACUAGCUUUUUUGACUGAAUUUGCAUGGCAGCAAUAGAUUCGCUGAAGUGUCAGCUGUGACUGCAGAGGCUGGUUGCGUCAUUAUAAUCACACUUGCAUUACCACAGAGUCAUCAUUUAGCAUUCCCUGACAACCAGGGGCAUGAAUACUGUUCAUAAUUUAGUAGCAAUGCCUCCAAAUGUUUGGAAAAUAGCCCAAAUCCAAAUUAUUUUUCUCUAGUAUGAGCAAAGCAAAGAUUUUUGUGGGUGCUUAGUCAGGCUUAUGAAUUCAUCACAUAAGCAUUUCACGUUUAAAAGCCAAAUUUUCAAAGGCUCAAGGCAACGGAUGACUGACAUAUUCAGGCCAUUCACUAUAAUUAACAUUCCCUGAUGUUCCAACCAGUUUGAACACUAAAAUAUAAAGACAUGUGCUGUAAAGAGUGACUGUGUGCGCCAGACAAUUCUUCAUUUGACCCUUGGUGGACAAAUGACAUUGAAAUAUUUACAUCCUCUCCCCCCUCCACCAGUUAAUCUCCAUCUUUUACGGUCAGUUUCUUCUCCUCCGCUCUGAUUUCACUCUUCAUAAGGCAUGCUCAAGCAUUCUUGAUUUGAUUAUUUCCAACUCUUUCCAGGCACAAAGACUGCGUAAGCUCGCCCAACAGAUCUCCAACUGCAAGCAAUGCAUCGAGAGGUCCUCUGCCCUCAUCACACAGGCUGAUCAGACGCUGAAAGAAACUGAUCACGCUCGCUUCCUGCAGACCGCCAAGAGCAUCAACGAGAGGUCAGACAGCCCACGCUGGCCCACACAUGUCGAAAUUAUUCAGCUAAGCAAACUCAAGUCUAGCUUUAGGGAAAGGGCAAAGAGUCCACCCAGAUAUGCUCAGAAACCGUUUGAGAACUUUUUACUUGAUUUCCCCUGACAGCAAAAGGAAAUCAACUCACAUUAACCUGCCUUCUUAAGCUUUUUUGAUUAAUUGAUUUGACAAUUAAGAACAAAAAAAGUCCCACUUGAUAUCCUCAGGAAAAAAAAAGUGAGUGAUAGAAAAAGAAAUCAGAAGAACUUGUUUAUUAGAAGGACUGAUUUUUCACUUGGAGGUUGUUGAUCUGAUACUUAAUCAGCUAAUCUGCUCCGUUGCAAAAUGCACAUUUAGAGGUUUUUAUUUAGCAGAAAUAAAACAAUAAAACUAAUUUAUUCCUUUUUUUGUUUGGUGUUGAUCCAGGGUUUCAAUGGCGACAGCGUCCACCCAAGUAUUGAUCCCUGAGAUUAACCUGACAGACACCUUUGACACUUUUGCCCUGGAUUUUGCCAGAGAGAAGAAGCUGCUGGAGAAUCUGGAUUACCUUACAGGUACACCUUUUUGUUCACAAAGACUUUAAACUUUUUAAAGUUGAAAAAAGAUUCCAUUUAGAAGAGUGCUUCUGUCCUGUUUUUAUAAAUUUGGGGCAGUAAUUUGGUUUCAAAUUCAGUGGGCAUAAAAAUCAAAGUGCACAAAGCCUCCAGAGUUGGGAUUAUUGUUUCUUUGUAACUUUAAUUAAGUAGAGUUUUAUCCAUUUAUGUAACUGCUUGAGUGCUCAAUUUUCCUUCAAUCCAAGGCUUUUAUGACUGAAAUUAUAAAAAAAAAAAAGAUUCCCCAUAAAAUCAAUUUUUCAGUCUUCUGAAAAGCCAAAUGGGAUUAUCUUUUAUUCAUCUGAGUCAGAGCAGAAUUAUCUGCCAAGAAAGUUUUUUGCUAUUUUUGCUGGCAAUGGGUCACCUGCUCUACCAACCAAGCCCAAAUGGCACAUUUAGUACCGAAAGCUGUCCUAUACAUCAGUGCAUUGGGGUAUGUUCUGAGGGGUGGCCAAGGCUAGUUCACAAGGGUCUGGACACACCCCCUGCUGAUGCAACUGGAUUAAAAUGUAAUGCUGUCAUGGCAGCCAGGGCAGUUGCCUCAAAAUUAGCCCCAUCUCAGUGUGUACAGCCACAUUACUGCUCAACGCAUGUUGGGAUACACAGCAGGCAGAUAAGUAGGGCUGGGAUUAUAUGUUUUUCUCCCAAUGGAUGCCGAUUCGAAUUAAAUUGCGAUUCUACGAUAUUGUAAAUUUUCUCGAUUUUUAGUCUACAUUUUUAACACCAGUGAAAAAAAGUUGAAUGAUUGUGAUUGUCUCCUGACUAUUCCAGGAACCAUAUUUGCCCAAAAAAUACACAUCACAUAUGAGUCAGUUUUUAAGAUUAAUUCUUAAUUUAAAAAAAAAAAAAAAAAAAAAUAACAUGAUAAUUGAUUUAAAAAUUGUAAAACAAAAAUCGUGAUACUAAUGUGAAUCGAUUUUUUUCCCCCACCCCUACUGAUCAGGCUGGCGACGUAACUUCAAACGGCUUUUAAGUCAUUAUCAUGCAUUUAAAGAGGUGGUUUUAUGCUUUUACAUACUUUUACUAACAGAUAUUAAGUUAAAAUGCUGGAUAACGAGACUAAACCUUUCAGACUGUGAGUUAAAAAUAAGUUUAAAGCUUCUGUGAGGAGGCUGUUUGACAUUUACGGAAUAGACCGAAAUUCAUAUCAGUGUUUUUUUAUGAUAUCCUAAAGAAAAUGAGGCCAUCAGCAACAAGACCGACCAUCUUUAAAUUAAAGUUUUUAAUCGCUAAAAUUGGUGCAAGGACGUAGGUGUCAGUCUUGCAGCUGAAGAAACAGAUCUAUUUUUACUAUUUCCACAUGAAAUGUUCAAAAUAAAUGACUGUAAAAAGUCAUAAGAUUUUGUCAAAAAUCACUGCUUACACACGUAGAAUUUUGUUAAAAGAAACCAUGAUGUAGCACUUACCAAACCAAAGAAGACUCACUUGUACCUCUCUGAAUUUUAUGGGUUAGAUUCAGGGUCUGAGUCGUAUGGUCAUAAUUUAUAAUGUGCUAUUUUAGGUAGAGUAUCACAAUAUGACAAUUUUGGAGCAUGGCAACUGUGGAGGAGGUUUCCAGGGAGCUGGGUCACAAAGUACGAGGGGAACCUUAAAAAGACAGAAGCUGAAUGGGAGCAUUUCAGUCAGAGAGUGAAAUGCAGGUUCUCAAAGAAGAUAAGUUAUGUUGUAGCCUGGCAACAACGAAAGAGGUUCCUCGAGAGCAAACUAUAUCCCAGAAUACAGGGGGACCAACUGAUGUGCACAUUAAAAUACAUCUCAUGUAGUAAUAUCAAAUUUAGUAUUUUGUAAUUCAGUCCAAAGUUUGGAAAUAUUAAACUGCCUGAGGUUUGGUUGGUCUAAAACUGAAAUAACGAACAGAAACGUCCUUCAGAGGGAUACUUAUAACUUUGAUCUCCUGACUCUAUUCUUUUUUGCCUACUUCUUCCUCUAUCAGAGCCUCAAAACAAGGAUAUCAGAACACCUAAGUGUAAUAAUGUGUCAUUUUUCUGCCUCUACUCUCCUUUAAUGUUCUCCAAAGUUCAACUCACAAACCAAACAUCACGUUUUGUUUUCUCUUCGCUCUAAUCCUCAACUUCAGCUCCUCACUGACCAUGAAACCAAACAUCGCCUCUAAUUAUGAUUCCAGUCCAGCUUGAAAUUCAGAUGUUUUUGUGUUCGUUUGAAGUCUGCUGUCUUCAAUCACUAGCGUUUGAAGUAACAGGGCCCCGGCCUAUUAACUCCAAAAUUAAUUUUCAACAUUAAUUUCUGAUGUCCCAUUUGCGAGGCGCCAUCCAAAUGUCACCGCAUGAAUUACGAGCACGCCGGGAACGAAAAACAAGGCAUCAUGUGUAGCGGAAUCGAAAGUCUGUGAAAAAGGCUGGCUCAUAUUUAUUCUCCCGUGAUGCAUGAGGGCUUCGCUGGAGGGCCUUUUCACUAAGUGAAUCAGCCUGAAUCACUCCACUAUGUGCAGCCACUCAUGACAGAAGGAGAGGGAGAGAAUGACAGACAGUGAAAGAGAUAGGAAGUGGCUUAACAAUCAAUUUCAGCUCUUGCUUUGCGUCUUUACUUCUUACCUUAGGCCUCCUCUUCUCCAUAUGGAAGAGUCAUGUUUAUUUAUGCUGCUACUGAACAAAAAUAUCUACAGUAUAUCUCAAUUAAGUGCACAUAAAUCGAUACGUGAGUGUUAGAAAUCCAAUGGGGCAUCUCUGCUUAUAUAACAAUUCCCAUUAGUUACUGCUAAAAGGAUUGUGUUAUUUACCCUCCCCUCUGUGCUGAUGUGUUUAUCUGAAUAUUUUAUUAAUCCAAUCCCGCAUAGCUUUUAAUGCUCAAUCUACCGAUCUACUGGAAAGAACAUCUUAAAUCCUGUGAGUAAAGAAGAUUUUAAACACAAACAAACAUGAACAAGGUUAAUCAGGGCUGCUGUUUGCUCAAACAAGUGUCAACCCUCAAGUGUCUUUUCUGAAUAUUGCAAACGAUAUCUGCAGAUAUAUUCGGCUGCGGUGCAGAAACUGACAGAUGAUUCUCUGCUUUUGCACUCUGCAGCUCCAAGUGCCCCGUGCAUAAGGGAGGAGUUGUGCACCGCGUCCUACGACACCAUCGCCGUGCACUGGACAUCUGAUGAUGAAUUCACAGUGGUGUCCUACGAGCUCCAGUACGCCAUCUUCACCGGGCAGUCCAACAUAGCCAGUAAGUAUGUGAAGCUGUGUCAAGAAAGGAAGCACUUAUGUUCCCUCCAAAGUCCCAGAUUUGUGGAAACAAAUAAUCUUGUGGGAACAAAUGAUCAUCUUGUUAGUUAUCUUGUGCCUACAAUGUCAUUAUUAUCACACGUUAACUAUCUUGUGGAAUCAAACUAUUAUCUUGACAGUUAAGUACUUUGCGGAGACAGGGUAAUAUCAUUUUGAGGACACAAGCUAAUCAUCUUGUGGGAACAAGUUAAGUAUCUUGUCGGUACAGGCAUUAAUGAUCUUGUGGGAACAGGCUGUAAUCUAGAAGUAGCCAUUCAGUUAUCAAGCUAUUAUCAUGUGGGAGCAUUUUGGUUAUCAUGGAUUAAUCCUGGGAUCUAGCUGUUAUCUUGCGAAAGAAUUUUAUUCUUAAUCAUCUUGUGUUCACACUGUGGAAAUGUAAAGUGUCAACAAGUUAAUUAUCUUGGAAAAUAUCUUAUUACUUUGUGGGAAAAGUUAAAUUAGUAGAAAUAUGUUACAAUCUUGUGGGAACAAAAUUACAAUAACGUGGGAACAAGUCACUAUCUUAAAGAAUAAAGAAAGUUAUCUCGUAGAAAUACGGUAUAUCUUGAAAUAACGGGUUAUUUUUGGGAACAAAGAAAUUAGCUUGUCAGAACAAGUUAAUCAUCUUGUGGGAAUAAAAUUACAAUUAUGUGGGAACAAGUCACUCUAGCUAAUAUCUAAUUAAAACAUGACAACUCCCCUUUAGGAAUAAGUAAUUUAUCAAGACAAUCAUUUCUUGGGAACAGUCACCAUCUUAAAGGAAUAAGAUAGUCACCUCGUAGUAAUAGGGUAUAUCUUGAAACAACAGGUUAUUUUGGGGAACAGGGCAAAUUGUCUUGUAAGAAUAAGUUCAUCGUCUUGUGGGAACAAAAUUACAAUUAUAUGAGAACAAGUCACUCAAGCUGAUAUCUAAUUAAAACAUGACAACUCCUCUUUAGGAAUAAAUAAUUUAUCUUGUGGGAACUAGUGAUUAUCUAAUGAGGAAUAUAGGAAUAUAAUAUUAUGUGGGAACAAGUUAAUUAUCUUGGAAAAUAUCUUAUUACUUUGUGGGAAAAGAUAAAUUAGUAGAAAUAUGUUACAAUCUUGUGGGAACAAGUCACCAUCUUAGAGAAUUAAGAAAGUUAUCUAGUAGAAAUACUGUUUAUCUUGAAAUAACAGGUUAUUUUGGGCAACAAGGCAAAUUGUCUUGUCAGAACAAGUUAAUCAUCUUGUGGGUACAAAAUAACAAGUAUGUGGGAACAAGUCACUCUAGCUAAUAUCUAAUUAAAAUAUUACAACUCCCCUUUAGGAAUAAGUAAUUUAUCUUGUGGGGACUAGUGAUUAUCUCAUGAGGAACAAGUUAAUGUUUCAUAUAUUUUCUUGUGGGCGAGUGCUUUUCUUGUGGAAAUGAGUUACUUCCAUGUGGGAACAGGUUACUGUCUAAUCUACAGAGGUCAGAAUCUUGGAUGUGGGGGGUUAGGAGUACACUACCUUCAGUGAUCUAACUGAGUAGAUGUGAACAGAUUAGACACUGACACGAUGCAACAAGUCGCCGUCAUGUCCUUUCCUGUUAGUACAUGUUGUUCUGCUGGAACUGCAAGUGAGAUUUCAUCCGUCACAUUGAAGUCUGCCCACAUGAGCUCGCAACAGCCCCAGGGGUCAGGUCUUUCCUAGAAAACAUGGCUCCAACAUUCACAGAUCUGCCUUCUUGUUGUCGUGUCGCUUCUAAUUGGGUUUCGCUGCUUGAAUGCAAGAACUAGUUUAUUCUGUUCAAGCAGGCUUCGUGAGAUCCAUAGAGUGCAACUUUAGCACUCUACUGGUGACCACUAGCCCCCCUAAGGCAGCUGGGAGUUGAAGGAUGAGACAGCAGUGGAAAGGGGAAGCCUCUAGCCUUCAUGCUACUAUCACUCCCAACAUCACAUCACUGUCGCUUGUAAGAGAUUCGAAGAUAGCGUAGCAGAGGAUUCACAUCGCGUUCAGAGCAGUCGGUAAAAAGCAGCACUUCAGUGACUUCACACAUCCAUACAUGCGUUUAGGUUUUUCGGCGGCGCUGUAGGAGUGAGACGUCGUAUUAGAGGGGAUGAAAGCCGUAAAAUGAAUCCCGGGCACACACUGAGCGACACAGUGUCUCGUCGAAUGACAGCAGAUGUACAGUACACGCCGACUUACACACAGGGCCUCGAAAAUCACAGGCACACUCCAGUGAGCAACAACUACAAGGGAGAAAAAUGGGGUCAGGGCAUCUGAAGACGAGCUCCCCUGUUCGCUUUCAAUCAAACUGCCUUUUCUCUGUCUUUCACUCUCUUUUUUUUUUAUUCUCCUUUCAAAUAGAUUUACCUCACGGCAGAAACUCUGCCUUUCUUUCUCCUUAUUCUUUCCUCGUUUCUGUACAAUUUAAAAGCAGAUAUCAAAUAAACAGUCAUCAAACUAAUGUGGCAUUUACCGUUUUUUUUUUCCCUUCCCUUAUCUCACUCCUGUCUCUCUCUCUUCAUUAAAUUGCCCUGAUUUUUCUCACCUCCUGCUCUCACAUCCGACAACGUUAAAAGUGUUGCUGUUGGCAUCUCAGCCACGUGCGGGCAAACUCCCUCCGGAGCAAUUUAGAUGAAUCACCACGCAGGAAGAAGCAGUCUUGUGAUGUUAAUGUAAUAAAAAGCAUAAACAAUAAACUUGGAUAUUCACGCGAUGGUUUAGCGCAGGAGUCUGAAUGGAUUUCCUGUGGGAAAUAUGUGUUUAAAUGGUAGCGUCUGAUUUCAUUUCUCUUUUAAUUUGAUGAGACUCGUAAUUUGUUGCAUAUUAAACUGAGACAGUUAUGUAUUAUCUUUAAUUCAGAGAAAUCGGAUACAAUUAGCAUAUUCAUAACACAACUCCUAUUCAACAGUUCACAACAAACUGAAAUCUGACCCAAAAGUUCUAAAAGUUGAACAUUUUUAUCCAAGAGCAGAAUGUGCUGAAUCAUUAAAGAUUAGUUUUUUUUAACCUGGGCCUGUGCAAUUGCGUGUCAUGAAACGGCGACCACUAAAAGUGCGGUAUUUCCCCACUGUCAGGCUCAGAUUGCUAUUACAAGUCCUAAGGAUUGAAUGGCACUUGUCCUGGUCUGUGUACAACCAAAUCUCGUUGGUUGCGAAGUCUCACAAGAUCUCACGAGUUACAGAAAGACAACGGAAGACACAUGAGUGAGUGACACCGGAUACAGUCAGAUAUAAGCUUUGUGGACAAGCUUCAAAAGUUGUUCCUUACAGAUAAUGACAUGGAGUCACAGAAUAACUAAAAGGUGUUCAUGUGAUAAUUAUCAUGCAGGAAACAGUCGGUAUCUUGUUCACACAAGAUAACACUUUCUCAAAAGAUGAUAACCUGUUUCAUCAUGAUAGAUAGAUAGAAGAUAGAUAUUUUGUUUCUAAAAUGUAUCUUGUUCCCACAAGGAGUUAUUAUUUUUUGUGAACAAGAUAAAAUCUUGUUCCAACUUGUUGAUAUCUUGUUUGUAAGAGAUUAUUGUAUUCUUUCCGCACACACUUUGUUCCCACAACAUCGCCUGUUUGAAUAAGGCUUUGGUGUGUACACAAGAUAUACUCGUUUGUUGUUUCAAAGUAACCAGUUCCCACAAGAUAUAACUUUGGUUACACAAGAUAACCAACCUGUUACCGCAUAUUAAAGCUUUAACUCUUUUCCAAGAUCACUUUAUGUUGAACGCAAGAUAACGUCAAAUGAAUGCAUUAUUAUUAAAUAGGUUGCUCCCACAAGAUAAUUGGUACAUGUGAGAUUUUGACUUGAAUCCAUUUACUACGAAAUAAAAGCUUAUUUACGCAAGAAAAUAAGCUGCUCCAACAAGAUGAUUUAAUCCUAUUUUUUUCGUGUGUGCUCUUGUGAGCUCAAGAGACAGGGUUUUGUGAAAUGUUUUUUAUUAGUUAAAAGACAGACUGAGAUUAAUAUUGAUGCUUUUGACCCACAAAAGCCAAAAAAGAUUAUAAAUGAUGAGCUCAAAAGUUCACAUCUUUGCUCCAAGGUAGCCAACAAAAAACAGCAGUACAGUAACUUCUUGUGAAUAUUCCAAACAAAGCCUCCACACUCACAACCAGAAAGGAAAACAUACACACAUGCAUCGAUGUUAAAGCAUUAGGAGGUCAAGAAGUGCUUCUGCCGGCUUGAAACACGCUUAAGACUGACACGAAUACAGAGCCGAGAAAGCCAGAGAGGUGUAAAUGUAACCCCGCUGUGCCUUUUCACACCAUCUCACCUGUAGGAGGCUCACAUUCAACUGAAUAUUUAGCUCACUGCCUUUUCGAACAGCUUCACACUCCAAGAAACUUUCAGACAAAGAUUUGUGACUGUUUCUGUGUUGUUUUUCUUCGGCUGAAAGAACUGGCACUUAUUAGUCGAUAUGUUUUUUUGCUAAUGUCUUUUCCUUCACUGCUUCGUCUAUGAAUUAAGCACAGCAUCUGCUCCAGGAUAUAUAUAUUUUUUGAGCUGCCGUAAACAGCUGUAAAUUUCGAGUAUGGUUUCUGGUUGAAUUAGCUGUCAAUGCACCGUAUCAUCCGUGCUUUUAUUCUCCAUAUCUCACUCUGCAGUUUCCCCCUCCUCUCUCUCUCUCUCUGCAGGUCUGUGCAACUCGCUGGAGAGCUGGAUGAUUGUUCCCAACAUCAAGCAGAACCACUACACAGUGCACGGUCUGCAGAGUGGCACCAAGUAUAUCUUUGUUGUCAAGGCCAUUAACCAAGCGGGAAGCAGGAGCAGUGAACCGGGGACUCUGAAGACCAACAGUGAGUAUAAAACGGUUAAAAAUGAGCAUUCCAUAUAGGAUUGACCUUGACUGAAAAACCAUGUGUAAACACUCAUAAAGAAGUAGCUUAUUAGCGUUAUUAUUUCUCAUGCUACAUUUGCUCAGUGCUCAGAUUUCCCCUAUUGGCAAACAUGAAAUUCAAUUAAGUGAAAAUAAAUGAGCUUUUUCUGUAAAGACUGUUCUCUGUUACAGAUCUCAAGACAUUUCAGAGCUUUAAUUUGCUUUUUCAUUUCCUCUUUCUUCUCUAAAGGCCAGCCUUUCAAGCUGGACCCCAAAUCGGCCCACAAGAAGCUGAAAGUGUCCCACGAUAACCUGACAGUGGAGCGGGACGAAACCACGUCUAAGAAAGGCCACAGCCAGGAGCGUUUCACCAGCCAGAGCAGCUAUGGCGUGGUGGGAAAUGUCUACAUUGAUAGCGGUCGUCACUAUUGGGAGGCUUUAAUCGGAGGGAGCACAUGGUAAGACUUUGGAAACACCCUUGAGUAAAUCUCAGUUAAAGGAAUAUUCCGGCAUAAAAUUAAUUUAGGGUCAAGCACACUGUAACACCAAAUUAGACAUCCCCUCAAGAGAUGAAUGUUGCCGACCGCUUCCUUCUCUAAUUAUACCAGUUUUAGUAACGACCGCACGAUAGAAAUACACAGCGGUCUCAGAAGCCACACAACAACCUCAACCAAAAUGGCACUCUAUACAAAUAAUGCUCAGAACAGCACCUAACUUCAUCAACAGUACAUAUAGGGUACGGAAUAUCCCUUUAAACCAUUCAUCAAUUGGGAUAGAAAAUGAUGGCGGCUGCUUACUUUUAGGGUAGAGUCUUGUUGUGUUCAUCUGUAAAACUCCGCUCUAAUAGAAGUUUCUGCUCUUCCACAGGUACGCUGUAGGCAUAGCCUACAAAUCCGCCCCGAAGCACGAGUGGAUCGGCAAGAACUCGGCCUCCUGGGUGCUCUGCCGUUGCAAUAACUCUUGGGUGGUUCGCCACAACAGCAAAGAGCUGGCCAUCGAACCCUCGCCCCACUUGCGGCGCGUCGGAGUCCUUUUGGAUUACGACGCCGGUUACCUGACCUUCUACGACGCCGUGGGCUCCCAGCACCUUCACACGUUUCACGUCUCCUUCGUCCAGCCUGUGUGUCCUGUGUUCAACGUGUGGAAUAAGUGUCUCACAAUUCUCACCGGCCUACCCAUCCCAGACCAUCUAGAGGGACUGGACCCCCAAGACUGAACAGAACAAAUACCAGUUAAAUCUAUAUUAAAUGGUCUUGAUUACUUUGAAGCUGUACUGGGUAAAUUUUUUGAAAUGGUCUUUCAAAACAACCAGAAACUAUAACUCUAAGCUUCUCCUUUCCAACGAACGAACAUGAGGAGGCAAGUCGGGUUGAGGAGCAGCUAAGGGUUUGCAGGAGAAGCAGGAAGAGUAGGCAUGAUCACCCAGUACAGCUUUAAAUGCCAAAUUUUCUCACUCUCCUUGAGUUGUAUGCUAUAAUUUCUAGUAAGUUAAUUUAACUUUUGAAAGCUUGGAGCAAAACCUGUUCUAGGUGGAUUAUAUUCAGCUUGAAUCAAUGCAAAAGAAACCACAUUACAUGGACAGAGCCGAGCCGAAAGUCUUGACUGGAAGGCACUUUGGACACACCAGUACCAUGGCAACAAGGAAACAAGCCACCAAUCAAUUUCUAAUUUUCACCUUAUCUAAUAUAGCACUUUGAAAAUACCACACAUACAUACACUUCGGCACCUCAACUCUAAUCAAUCACAGUUGCUGGAAGGAGCAGAACAACAGCUGUACAUUUUUGUAUAUUCAACGCACCUCUUCCCCUUACCUUCCCCUCGUUUUAUUAACAUGGAACCAAAGUAGCCAUCGCUGUCCGUUCAGAUGUCUUUACGUAAAAUUUUAAUUAAGUUAAUAAAUGCUGAAAUAUUUUUAAGAAGUGAAAGAGAGGAAAUAGCGUUACGCUAAUAUUAAAUGCAGGAUUCCCUUAAAGGUAGAGCUUGUUUUUUGCACAUUGUUUAAACUUUAAUCUUGGUUCUCUUCGUCUAUUUGGUGCAAUUAACAUGCAUUUAUUAUGGGAAAGUGUUGUGCUUUUAUCUGACUUGUUGUGAUGAUUCUUUUUUAUUUCUUUUUGAUUUUAUGUGAUACAUCAUGUGUGAGUUGAAUUAUGGUUGUAGCCCCGGGUUAUUAGCAGAGUUGCGGGGUUGAAUGCACAAUUCGAUGGUUGUUUUUUUUUUUCUCGCUUUUCUAUAAAACAAGCAUUUGACUGUUUCAUGAGGGAAGCUUGAUGACUAAUUUGCUCUCGUGUUCCCAUUUAUCUUCUCGAAAUAUAACUUUAUAUAACAUGUUAUACUAGAUUUAAUUUAAAUGCAUUACAAACAUGUCUUCUUUACAUUUUUUUGAGACAACAGAAAAGCUCGCCUUGGACUUGUUUGCUGAAUCAUAAUUGGAAAUACCUUGAUAUUUAAAGGGACAUUCUGCCUAAAUAAGGCCAAUAAGCUUAUGAAGAAACCCCCUUUACUUAUCAUUUUAAGUAAUAAUGUGUAACAGUUUAAAAAAUGUAAAUACUAAUAUUCAGUUGCAUUUCUUUGUCUUGCUUUGUUCCACUACCUGGUACACUUAAAAGUCUGCAGACAAAUAACAACCUCCUCUUUGAAUCUGUGUUUCCCUGGCGAUUAAUUCAACCGUGUGUUCUCAUUGUAUCUGAUAUGACUAUGUAGUGUUUAAUUUAAUGUUUCCAUUUGAACUUUAUGACCAUGGUGUUAUAUGUUCUGUCUCUGUAGACAUUUUUAUGGAAAAAAAAACAAAAAAAGGAUUUGAGUGCUUGCACCACUGUUGUUUGAGAUAUGUCUAUGAGAAGGUCAGAAAUAAAUGUUCCUUUUCACAAUAGAA